GGUUGCAACUUAAACUGGUGUCAGAGGUUGGGGUGUGAGGGGCGACCCCUCUGAUAAAACAUAGAGGUACCAAACAGUAAUGCUCUCUCUGAAAGAACUUCCAACAGGAAAAAUGUUCGACAGAUGCCCCCCGAGGCGCUCUUCCAGCAGAGAGGAUGUCACGUUUGAAGCCUUCCUAACGGAGACAGCAUGCUGAAGUGUUCUGUAGGUAUCUUGACCUUAGAAGGUUUGUGACAAAGCCUUGGGACUCUUUACAAUCUUCUGUUUUAGUAAGUGAAGUGCUAAAUCAGUAAACAGCUGUUUUAUUUGACUGUGUGUGUUAAAUUACAACAGAGCUGGAAGGAGAACUGAAAUACUCAAACUUAAGUACAGUUACUUCAACGACAUUUUACUGAAGUAGAAGGAAAACUACUAACCUGGGAAUCAACUGAAGUUAAAGUUUAAAAAAUACUUCAAAGUUUACAGCAUGUGUUGAAUACUAGUGCGCUGGUUGUUUAGUCCGUUUGAGACACAAAAGCUACAUAAUUUAGUAACAUGAGUAAAUGUGAUGAGUCGUGGAUCACACGAUUCAAUUUUAGGAGACCUUUGGAAGAGUAUCACGGUUGGAGAAUGGGCGUUUUGCAGGAAGUAGCUUUCAUUUUCGUCAAGUAUGAAUGAAUAUUUUUGUGUUUUUAUUUAGACUUUAUUAAAUGCCACAUAAGUAUUCCCCAGAACGCAGAGGAUUAGUGUUCAGUGUUAUAAAGUCUCCUCUGAAAACUAGUCCCUCAGUAGAGUUUGAGAAACGGCCUAGUUCUUCAGUCUCCAGGCGACCUGCUGCCUCUGUUGCUUUCUCUGAAUUUUACCAGCGGACUCUUUGUUUUGAAAGGAUCCGUGUAACCGCAUUAGUGUUAUUAGUGUUAUUAUGUAAUUGUUUCUCAAUGCCGAGGAGGGGCACGUACUUAGUAACUUCAAUCAUGGUCAGCAAAAUUCUGCAAGAAGAACUUUCUUGGUCAGAGUAAGAAAACAUUCAACUCCUAUUCAACAACACAAUUCAACAACUACUAAGAAAAAGUCAAAAGUACUACAUUUAAGUCUUACCUACAGUUACCAGUACUUACCAAUGAACCUAUGCUUGUAUUUGUAAUUUGCAUCUUUGAGGCUGAAGUUACUGAGCGUUUCUGCAGUAUCUUAUGUCGGUAUUGCAGACUGUGGACAGUCAUAGCGGGCUGUGCAGAGCGGACUGACAGAUAAUAGUCAGUGGAAAUUGUUGCAAGAGUGGCAAUUAAUUAUUUUUGCAAAGUUUAUUGAAACAAGAUGAAAUAUUUAUUUGAAGGGACUCAUCCAGCAGAUUUUAGCCUCGAAACAACAUUCUGACCUGUAAUUUUAAUGAAGCUUCAAUAGUUCUUUAAUAUUCUGACUGGACUGCGACCACUCGGUAAGAUGAUGAGAGCUGUUCACAUUGGAGAAUUAUGAUCUGCACUUGCAAGGCUUGUAUGUUUUUUGCUCAUUUUCAUCAAUAACUCAUGAAAUUAUGCCAAGAGUUUUAUUUCCAUUGAGUAAAAGUACUUACAUUGAAAACAACAACAACAAAAAAAGCUCCUCAUUCACAGAAACGUGAGUCUAGAAAUAAGUUCCCACCCCCUCCAACAGUGGCACACAAUAGCUGCCCUUUUUUUACCCCUGCUCCCUGAGUAAACACCGAGUAAUGCGAAUUACUUACAGGAUAAAGCAGGUAGGUAUUAGACAAACACACGCACAUGUAGCCUAAAACCACAAAUAGGCAUCACAAUAAAGACAAAGAUUAUUAGCUUGUAAAAGUCUAAGCAAAGGUGUUGUGUUAAAGAAAAUAACUUAUGAUACAUGUUUGUGAGAUUAUCCAGGGUUAUCUUGGAAGUUUAUCAAGAAUGCAUUUCAAACUCUGUCUCCUGGUUUGGCCUCCAACAUCAGGUAAAGGACACCCUCUUGUGGCUAACAUGAGUUGGAUACCAUCAGGGAUCAGGGGCAGAAAAACAGCGUUUCAUCCUGUACAAACAAACUGUCAUUAAAGCUGCAUCGGCUUCAAACAUUAAAGAGCUUAAAGGGCUGUGGAGCUGACUUCCAUUAAUGUGGUUUGAGUCAUUUGAACACAGGAGGACAGCAGUAACAGCCAGAGGAGGGGGGAGGACGGGGUGUGUCGAGGGGGGGAGAGCUCAGCGAGGGAACAGCAGAGAGCGUCGAUGCUUCACUGUCACCUGUACGUGAAACGAACACCUGUUGCCAGCGGGGGUUUGAGAAAGAAAAGAGCUCAUGUUUCAGGUACUUUCAGGGCCUGUUUCAAGUCUGCCUCACUCAGACCUGGUCCUCACACGGAGAAACAGUCAGACUGAAGUUGGACUUUAAGGGAGAAAACGGAGGAGAGAGAAGGAGGAGAGACAGCGGCCACAGGCGCAGGUAGGAGCCGCUGAAACAGACAGAGACUAAACAAACAGCCGGUAAUGAGUCUGGAAGUGUUUCUGACUUCCAACAGCUUAAAAGGAUGAAAAUUAAAACACCGAGCUGACGGAAAUUCCUCUUAGUCCUCUGAACUGUGUCAUGCAUUUAAACGCCAGUAAUGAAGUUUCUAUGGAGGCUUUUAUUUUUUUUAUCAUAAUGGGAAAAAGUAAAAGUUGGCAGGAAGUUUGUGGAGCUUGAACAGAAGCAGAAACUUCUUUUCAAGACAAGCUGAAGCUCCUAAAUGUUAAAGUAGGUCUGUGUUUAAUCAUUCACUGAACGUGUGCUGAUUCUUUUCUCGGAUAUGAUUGUAUUGGGGUCAUAAAGAUGUGACAGCCUCUGUAGCUUGUGACCUCUUAAUAACUGGGGUAAAACUGGGGGAUGAUAACUAGGAAAUUUUAGCAUCAGAAGAACCCUUAAAAAAGCUGGGUUUGUGUUUUUAUAAUAAUACUGCACUACUACAGACCACAGCCCUGCUUUAUUUCACUAAAUCUCUUGUAUUUUCAUUUGAAAUCAGCUUCCAAAUUGACUGUCCACCCAUUUUCUCAUUUGAACAACCAAUCAGUCGACUCAGGGAGAAGAUAAACCCUCAUCUUUUCAUGCUGUUGAUUUUAUGCUGAGACCAAACUCUUUCUUAGUCCACCUUUUCUCACGAUUCCCCAAAGACUGAGCCCAUUUAAUCAUUUCACUGUCUAUUUGUGGUUAGAUUGAGUCUGUGAAGGCGCCAGAUGGGCCUAAUAUAAUAUUUCUCAUGAUCAGAAGAAGGUUGAGUGGAAAUAUAUUCAUGUACUUUAUUUUGAAGGACAAAGACUUGUCAAACACAUUAUGAAUUGGCCUAUUUAUUCCAGAUCUGGCUAAUGUAGAUCCAAACGAGUACCUGGAAAACACCAUUAAGUCUAUACUAGUGUUUUUGCAUGUUAAAUCCAUUGCAUUACUGAUGACUUAAAAGGCUGCUGUGAUGUUGAUUUCAAUGUAGUUCACAAGAAGAGGUUCAUUUAGACUACACCUGACAUUGAUGCUACUUUUGAUGAGAAUUAAAGAAGACAUGAUGAUAAGUGCAAUGAAUUAUCUAUGUCUAAAAAGUCUCUGAAGCGCUGCGAGGACAUGAAAGGAAAGAGACAACUGACAGAUUGUGGAGAAAUCACAAUUAAAAGUGGCAGUAAUGUAAAAAGCAGCUUGGAUCGUCGGGGCUGCGAGCGAACUCGGCCUAAACAUUUCAAACUCUGUGUGUAAUGAUGGUGAAGGAUGCACAAGUCAACGCCCUCAUCGUGAGUUUCACACAUUUAGACACUCAAAGCUCCUUCAUCAGGAUACUGUGGGUGGGUUUUACGCAGAUCAACUCCCAUCAGGUGCGCGUUCAAAUGUUGCUGAAUGCUGAUUGGUUGGAACUCGGUGAUGUCACCUUUUCAAAAUAGCUCCACUAACUUUAGGCUGGCAAAAAUGGGCAGCAGAAGGAAAACAGUGUGAUAGUAUACUAGGAAGAAUCUUUUUCAGGGUCUGGAGAGAAGAUCAUUAAUGUAUUACUUACAGUGAGUUUUGGCUGAUUUUGUGCUGCCAAAUAAGAUAAGAAAGAUGAGAUGAGAAGAACUUUAUUGAUCUCCAAAGGGAAACUCAAUAAUACCUAUGUAUAAUGUGUAACUAACAGUGUUUAUUAUCUCAGAAAGAAACUGACUCUGACCUGAACUCUGGACCUUCAUUUAUACUCACUGUGGACUUAAGGGUAGGAGUGUCCGAUAUUCUGUUUAUUGUCUGAGAUAAUAUCUUAAUUGGUGAUUGAACAAUGUGCCAAAUGUCAAGUAGGUGAUUUAUUUCUCAACAACAAUGAGAGCCCACCUCAGAGUCCACACACUCUCACUGAGUACGGUCAUGAAUCUGACUAACAUGGCUGUUUGUACGCCAGGAGUUAAAACGGCCAAAAGACAAACAUCACAAGCCUCUGAGUGGAUUAGGUCAAAUUUUACAAGUUAUUAUGAUUAUUUUGGCUUUUUCAUGCCUUUAUUAGGUGGACUGGAUAAAGGAAGAGUGAGCAGGGAGUGAGAUGUGAGGGAGAAGCUCCGGGCUGGAAUCAUAACCUCUGUGUGUGGACUUCUUAGACCACCAGGCCAGCAGCAUCCUGUCUGAUGUUAGAUUUGACCGUGUGAAGUCAGAUGUUGCUCAAAGGACACCAAUCUGCAGAAUACGCUGUAGCUGCAAUAGUUAGUAAACUUAUUUCACCAUAAUGUGGUUUACAACAUCUACCAAAGCCACAAGUCAGUGUCCAACUCAAGUCUGGAUAUGCCGGACUUGUGCGCUGAUGUGCGCUUGGACUCAGACUGAAGCUCUGGCUGCAUUGGGACUCUGGUUUAUUUCUUAUUUCUGCAGUAGUGACAUUUUUGCACAUAUCAUAAAAGUGACUGCAUGCUUGGACUUGGGCUCUUGGGGCUAUUCUAGGGAACUGAGGACUCGACUCAGACUCGACUCAGAUUUUUCUUUUGAUGGCUCGGACUUGACCACUGAGGAGGACUUGAGACUGGACUCGGACUCCAGCUUUAGUGACUCGACAACAACACUGCCAACACUGAGCAGGCUGACACAAUAGAAGAGGGUCUGAGGGUUGCACAGGAUGAUUAAUCGCUCAUCCAUCAUUAUUGGCAAAAUCCCCACAAGUAUGAAGACGUGUCAGUUUCUCAAACUCCUGUUCAACUGACAAGAUUAGCAUCAACUGGAUUUUCAUAUUUUAACUUUUGAGGUAAAUAAUAAUGCUUGAAAAUAAAACUCAGGGAGAAAUUUUCUUGUUUCCUUGACGACAGACUCCGCUUAAAUCACUUUUGCAGGAACCAAUCACAUUUGAAGAAAGAAAAACCUUUUCUGCUGUUGACAGAAUUAUCAGAUGGCAUGUGAAAUAUUUGGAUGAAGAGAUGGUUAAGUCACGUUCAUUUAAACGGGGAUCUUAAGGUGCAGAUUUGAAGAGUUGUGUUUUGGACGGCUGAGCUGAGACGUAGUUUUGACUUGCAAAACAGAGAAGCGGUUUGAACGUUUUGACCCCUGGUACCCUUUUAUUUUCUGUGAUUGAAGUCUAAAUCAUUGAUCUAAGAAAAAAAGAGACAGUUUCUUUUUUUAUCCGCAUUACUGUGACUGUUUUCUUAUUCACAGUAAAUAUACCUUCUGUUCGAGCUUUGGUGUAGAGAUGUAUACUCACACAGCAGAAACCUCUUCAUAUUUCAUUUGCUGCUCCUUUUCAGACUGGCCUAUUUUCUCUUCAAGUGCAUAUUAAACUGAGCCAUACUGAGUGUUCCUUUUGUGAUUGGAAGCCAGUUUUAGAAAUUGAAAACUGGUUUUAUUUUUAAGGCCAUCUGCAAGUUGUUGAAAAUUCUAUGUACACUGAAAGUGUGCCGAUAAUGUAAGCACCUUGAGGAGAAGAGCUAAAGCUCUGCAGUUGGAAAAUCAUAAUGACUUUACUGGUGCAGAGGUGGGUAACAGCAGUCUGAAUGCCAAUAAGCUGAAUUUUUAAGCUGCGAGAGGCGUCUGGCAGUCAUCGCUCUGAUGGGAGAUUUAAAAGCACAUCAGCUAACAGACAGGUCCUCCAAAGAGCGCGUAGAGAAAAGGAUCCAUGCGAACAUGUUUGCUGUGGACGACAGAUCCGUCUCAAAACUCUCAAUGAAAAUGUGAAACAAGAGGAACUCUGAAUUACAAGUUGUAAUCACAGGAAUUGGGUUAUGCAACUUCAUUUAUCAAAGAUGUUAUAUAACUAAGUUUCUUUUCUGCUGGUGAAUUACCUUGUAAAGCUGAACACUUCAUGUUUUCGUACCUUUUGAAUGCAAAUUCUUGCACUGCAGGUGCCUGCUUAUUAAAUGAUUUGGGAGCAAAACCCCAUUGAGAGCUUUCAGUCUGUAGAUAUCUUAAAUAUUUCAACUUUAGACUGUACAUGGCCUGUGUGUUUAUAUUCCCUCUUUCGCCUUGACAGUUUUGAUUUCACAUCUCAUGUCAAGUCUUGUAUUCUGGUCUUUGUGGCUCAAGGCCUCUGCACAGCCAUGAUCGUCUAAUAAGCUGUUGAAUAUUUUAGCAGAGUGGCUGGAAUAAUACAUCAGUUUGUUGGUCGAUCCACAGGAAACAAAAGGGAACUUCUGAUCCAGUUUGACAAUAGAUUUGAGUUUUUCAGGGAGAUUUUCCUCUUGUCUUAUAUGGAAAAAAAAGAACCAGUCAUCUUCCAGCGUGGUUUGAUGCUUUACAUGGAGAAUGCAUACAUGAACAUAUGUACAUAUAUGUAUCAUCUUGAUGAGCAUCUUUUCUGACAUUUCUACGUUUUUUCUCACUGGUUUAGCAGCAGAUAUGAGUCAGAGCAGAGACUGCUUUAUCAAAAUCUGAUCGUAACUUUUAGGCUGAUGAAGUUUGACACAGACCGCAUGACUCAAAGGUCUACAAGACAGCUGGCAGGCUUGUCUUUCUUUGGACCAAGGCCUGAAAUAUUCUGAUUUUCCUCUCACAGUUUCUCAGCUGUGUUUUUGGGCCAUCCAGUCUGACGGCACAGAGGCCCCACAUCCAUUUCUACUGCUCUGUGUACACAGGUCCCACCAUAUACACUGAAUAUAUGGAAAAAAACUGCAUGAAUCAGUUCAUCUUAUAAAUGACUUGAGUAAGGUCCAGCUUGGUCUAAGACUACAAAGAUCCAUGUUUGUGUUUUGGUAUGUAAUAUGUCCUAUUCCCAGCCCUCACACUGUUUGGAUAAUAGGAACAGCCACCAUGAUGUCGACCACUGUUUGUUGACCGCAUAUAUAGAGCCUUAAGAUCUGAAAUUGGCUGCCACCAUGUUGGAUUUUUGGAGCCAAGAGAUAGAAUAUUUGGACGAGAGGGUAGUGCUGGACAGGAGUGAGGGGUUGAGCUUAAUCAUCAACACAUAGCUUCAUUUUUGGCCGGUGAAUAAGCUGUGUUUGUCGACAUAUCUCCCAUACAGCGACACUCUUCUUAUUGCCCACAGAUGCCAUGUAGGAAAAUAAGCAGACGUCUUAUCUCAACAGUCCGUCGUAAAGCCUUUGAGGAAAAAGACAGUGACAGUCUUUGUGGCUCUUGUGUACUGUUCAACAAACCUGCUGAUGCUGGAAGAACCGAGCGACUGCUGUAAUACACAAAGCAAGGUGGACCAGUCGCUCGUAGAGCCGCCGCUUUCUGAUGCUGUUUGUUCAAAGCAAACGAUGGGAUACCAUCAAUGAUACUUUUGAUCAAUAUCACAAGUAUGUAACCUGAUCACUCCAUGAUUUGGAAUCUUCUACAUUAAGUCCAUUUAUUGACCUUUAAAAACUUUCCUCAGACAUGAAAACGGGCUGAUAUUUUAUCCUAGCUCAGUGUUUGUUGUGUCUCGGACCCUUGCCGCUCUCUCUGUCACUUUGCUCCGUUAAUACACACCUGCUCUUCUUGCUCCUUUGGUUGCAUGAUAAUUUGUAUAGGUGUAGCACAGUCUCCAUUCUGCAGCAUCCUGACGUCUUACACUCCUAAAACUUGUGCACUGAUUUAGGCUCUUGAGACGUCUAAUUGCCGGUUAUGCUCCUUAUAUUCAGAGGUUCACAUUUCAUAUGUUGAAUAACCUUGAGACCAUACUAACCAAGCGGACAAACAUCCUGUGUUUCACGUUUCUAAAGGAGAUAAAUUCCUUACAGAUAAAUAACUUACACAUUACAACAGUGAUGCUUGAAGCCUGUUCACUUAUUUGCCGUGGCGAUACUCAUGAGAGAAAUGAAAUGGAUCUGAUCAGAAAUCAAAUGUGCUGAAGCCUUUUUAUCUUUUGGUUUCAAGUGUGCCGGGGUUAGAGGAGGAAGCCCUGCUGAUAAAUCUGUUACUCUGCCCGGGUUGCUAUUAAUCAGCGGGUGUCUGUUUCUUUCCAUGUGUAGAUUAAAACGGCAACAACACAGAAUUUCAACAGCAUGCCUGUCACUGACAUUUCUAAUUCUGUCAGCUGAUAAAUCUGUGUAAAACAGUGGCUUUCUUUUCAGAGCCCCUGGCUCAUUUAUUACAGCUUUAACCGUUUUCUGGGCGCCGUGCUGUCGCUGUGCUUAUGUUUAUGCAUGUCCUCAGUGUCAGUGGAUGGGGGAACACGUCUGAGGGGACGUGUCUGGAGACCAUCUGCGUUUCCAUGGUGGAGGGUUUCACCUGUGCAGGCCGCUCUGUCUGGCAGCUCUGUGAGGCUCUGGUUCAGUUUUAAUGACUGAAAAUGUCCUGCGGUUCAACAAGACUUUUUUAUUUUUGCCUCACAUCUCAUCUGUUGCUGUGGUCGUGGCCCUUUCCCUGCUUUUCAUAGCAGAUUUUUUGACUCUCUUCUUCUGCUGUAUUUUACCAGACUUACAAAAAAGUUGCACCUUGUUAAAGCAAUAAAACCCUAAACAGUAUUUAUUCAUCUGUGGCUGUCAGUUUAUGGAUUGCAAAACAAAGUGUCCUCAUCAGUGACUUGACAAAUGCUAGUGUCGGGUUUUACGCCUUAUCAUUGUUCAAUUCAAUUUUUUCAAUUCAAUUAUUUUAUUCGAUUAGCAUUUAAAAUCCACCCACAACAGCGAAGAGUCCCUGCUGCCCUGUCAUGGCAACAGAUGGUCUAAAUUUGCUCAUGCGUGUUUAUUUGUUCUUCUGUACUUGCUCACAGUGCAAAGACCAGAAAUAAAAGAAUCAUGAUGUUCGAGUUUACCUUGAGCCGGUCUCAGCACACACUCAGCAUUAAUUCAAAUGUAAAAAGCCCAGGAUGAAGCCUCUGUGGUGCUGAUUUGCAUAAAACCAGCAGGGCGAAGGGCGGUAGAUGGAGGCAGGCGAAGAUCGGCAGACAUACUGCCAACUGAGGAUUUCUUUUUAAACUUUCACUUCGAUUUUGGAGUGCUGUUAUGUCUUCUGUGCUUUUGGCUGGAGCAUAAGAGCACUGAAACCGGCUGCAGCUGUGGACAUGCUGGGUAAUUGUUUUUCACCAGUUCAGACUUUGCUCCUGCUCUGAAAUGAAAAAGCCAAUAAAAGGGUUAGUGGUGAGCAGGGGCAAAUAUGCACAUGGUGUAUGUUAAGUGGACAGGUGUGUCCAUAUGAUCACCAAAUAGGACUAAGACAUCAUAAACGUGACCUCACAAGCUUCUAAUGAUCUGUCCUGCAAAUUCUUAUUAACCUUUUGUCAUUUAGAUUUUUGGUUUUAAAGCGAUAAACUAAACAAGCAGGAAAAGAUAUGAACGAUUGACUUAACAAAACAUACACCGAUAUUUAUCGCCCUUAGUCUCACAGGGACAACAGCUUCUAACACAAACUCUAUGUAGACCUGAUUCAGUGCUGUAUCCAUUAAGUCUCAUUCACUAAUCAUAUUCAGAGGUUACAUUACGACCAUGCAUCAGACCGUACAUGUUUUACCUUCAACAAUUGAGCAAUAUUAUUUAGAAAUAGAAUUAAGAAUGUGAAAAAUGUGUUUCUGUACAAUCUGAGCAUGUUUCCCUGUCAUUGAAUGAGUAAGAUUUUAAAGUAAACAAGUUUUCUUGAAGUUAUUGAUCUUUUUUUAAUGCUGAUAAUAAAUAUACCAUUACAGCUGAUGAGCCUCCAGCAUAAAGUGCCGUUCAGAUAUCCUUCAUUUGAAAACAAACUUCAGAGAGAACCGCGCCGUGAUUUAACAUUUCUGUACAUUUACCUUUAACUGAAUUUAUUUACGUAUGUGUGCAUGCUUGCACAGAUAAUUUCUCAAACAGUUUUUGUUUCUUCAAUGAAACUAAAACUUUCGACACAUAAGAAAAAAACAGAAACAACAUUAAAAGUUGACUCAAUAAGCACUUAGCAGCUGUGUCCUUAUCUGGCUCACGUUUUGAUGUUUAGCAUUGUGAGUGGACAGACAUGUCAACACGUGCCGGGAGUAUUUGUUCAAGGCGCUGCCACCAAAAAUUAGCUUUAGCUCUCUGUGGGAGUACUGCAAUAAUGAAUCUUAAUUAGAUACAGUUAAAAAUGUGAGCAGGCAAAAACAAGGCUAAACUGUCAGCACAUUUCCUGUCAAAUGUGACCUUAAAACCAGCAGCAACGGCGGCAGAAUAAACAUGACCUGCGAAAUACCGUGUCGAACACGGAGAGAAGAUGACCUGACAUGACGGUGUGUAGUUUGCUGCUUUACAGAGUGAUUUUGUACUGUAUCUACGAGCUUCUGAAUGAUGAUUGACUGCUAAAAAUCAGAUGAUAUUUGGUGUGUUCAUUAAACCUGACCUGUCUCGUUGAUUAUCUCCCUCUAGUUUACCCUUUUGCUAACGCGGAGGCAGGUGUUGUUUUGACAGGGUUGAAUCGGUCGCUGCAUCUUGACAUUUAGUUGCGCUAUAUGAUGCCUCAUGCUCCCAUCUGAGCAUGUCUUUGUCCUUGAAUGUUGAGCCUUCUGGCUGCUCCAACCAAACGUCUCUAUUGAUGUGCUCUAAAUAAAAUACUUCGAUGUCACACUGCACGUGACACUCCGAAGAUUUAUGUGACAUUUAUGACAUUUACUUUCAGAAAAGGAUAUAGGGCCAUGAAGUUUUCUGGCAGCAGGGGCAGCUCUGCCCAUUUGUGUAAUGAUAUGGGAUGAAUUCCAGUUAUUGGAAAGCUGUAUAAAAAUCUGAGCGCUUCUCUCCCUCCGUCUGUGAAAUUAUGACAGAAGCGACAGCUCGGCUGUAGCCUUUUAAGUUUGGAAAUCUGUCACAGAUGGCUGUCUCUGUGCAUGCAGCCAAGGAAGUAAUGUGAUUGUGACAAUUGUAUCUCCUUUGCCAACAGAUUGAACAUGCUGCAGGUUGUAUGAGUGACAGAUAUGGGAUCAGCAGGAUCAUAUUUGCAGACUUUCACUUUGAUGGUCAUUUCUGGCCUGUUUUGUAAGUAUCUGAAUCAUCCCAUCAGAAAUAUAUUCUGCAUCCCACUGUUGAUAUGUGCACAUCAUAAUUACGCUGUAGUUUUUCCAACUAACAUGUUAUUUCACUGGUCACAUACCCAUCAGUUACCUGUGAGGGUGGAAGGCCAGAGGUUCAAGGAAAAUCUGGAGGAGUGGUGGAGUUGGAGUGCAGCUUCCCUCCGUCAGGCCCAGCUGCUGUGUCCCCAGCAUCCCUGCAUGUGGUGGAGUGGGUUCGACAGGGACUGGACAUCCCCGUCCUGAUUAAAUUUGGAUCAUAUGUGCCUCCUCGAGUCCAUCCAAAAUAUGAGGGUGAGUGUCUGUGGAAAUGAUCACACAAAUCCAGUUGAAGAUUAUGCUACAGGAAUCCCCUGUGUUCAGUCAUGCUGUAUAGUAUCCUCUGCAUUCUGUCCAUGUAAAUGACUUCUGGUCACUCUGUUGAAGGCUGAAUAGUUAACCUUCACCUUGUUUUAAAUAAGCAGCUGGUGAGGUACUUUGUUUAUGCCCAAACUUUUCUAUUUUGCAUAGUUUUAUGCUGUUGUCAUGCACCGACCUGUUUGUUGUUAUGUCUUAUUAAGAAAUAGUAAAGAAAAAAAGGAUCCAACCUUUUAAAUUUGUGAAUAAUAACCUGAUUUAAAUAUUAGCUGAUUAAUAAUUACACUUCAAUUUUGGUUUAAUUUAAGACACAGUAGUAUCUAUUCUUGCAUAUAUGUUGACAGUAAGGAAGUCAGUGGUGUACUUAAGUUAUAUAUUUCAUAUCCUGAGAAUAACAGAAAGUUCAACAUGCAUUGAGGCUCAUGGUCACCUGAGAAUAAAGUCUUCUCAUUUUGGUGACUGAUUAUCAAGCAACCCCCGUGAGAUUUUCACAAAUACCUCUUGCAAAAUUAUCUAAUGCCAACUUUUGAAUGAAAUCAGGAAAUCAUGUGGGAUGAGCUGGUCACCUCCUGAUCUUAAGUCUGGAGCCAUCAUCUACACAGAUGAGGCACUUUGUCAGAUUCGUUGUUUUUUUUGAGCAUAAACAUGAGCAGCUUUGGUGAAGAACUUACACCACAUGAGCAUACUUUAGUGUUGGACUGUGAUGGCGAGCAUUGAUAUAAAAAAACAUGUGACUAUGACAGAUACUCACAAACAACUAACCGUUAUUCCUCCAGAGUCUCCGGUAUUUACUUUGUUUUCUUGCUUGUGUCGGCAGUCGUGGCCAAAAGAGGAUUCAGACAAUUUUCCGAACUUUCUGGUUGGUUUCUACUGUCCGAUAUUGCAGCACGCUAACUUUGUUUGGGCCCCUGAACGACACGGGGGAGCGGCGUCUGCCUCACAACCAAUCAGGUUUGGGGAGGCGGGGAAUGGCUUAGUUUACAAUCAGAUAGAGCAGAGCACUCAAAAAAUGUUAAAUGUUGACGACACAGACAUAACAAAACAGAAACCAGAAAAAAGAUGCUUCUUUAACGUAUUCCUGCCCACCCCACCUUUAAGGGUAACUGAGUUUAAUUGUCAAGUUGGCUGAGUGAGAGCAUCCUUAACUGACAUGCCUUGUUUUUCAAUUCCAACAAUGGAUCGUUGUCAGUUUUAAUGUAGGGUUUCUUUUUUUUAAUUGCUGUGACUGAAAGGAUAAAACAGCAGCAUGACUGGAGUAGAGGUUGUUUUUUUUUAAAGGUUACAGUCCCAUUUUCUUAACUGGAAGAAUGUAACCAGUAUCUGGGUCUGGGAGUGUUUUCAGCACCACACCUUGAUGGCCUUUGAAAUCCGUCUCAGUGGGAGUUACUCUUUCUGGGCCUGAAACUCUCACAUUGCAUCACCACCUAUUGUGCUCUUUCUGCCCACAGCGCCGAGAACAAAGAAAGUCUGUGGGGGAAAAAUAUACUCAAUGGACCGAGGAAACUUGUGUGUAGCUCCUGUUAUCCUUUAAAGUCACCAACAAUAGGAGUGGUGUGGACAAAGAGGAGGAAUGUCUGGAUGGCUCAGAUCUGCCUUUUGUCAAAAGGGGUUUUCAUUUUGACCUAUCCACUUUUCCAAGGACUAUAUGAGCAAGAAGGCCAUGCAAUGUUUUGACCAAGGUGUCUUUGAAAUGGAGACUACCAAACCUAUGUGGUAUCUCUUGAAAAUGUUAAAUUAUACUCAGGUCAGGUGAAAGCACACAGGGAACCUUUCUGCUUGUUAUUCGUUUGAAGUGACAUACAUAAAUGCUGAUAGUAGAUAUCAACAUUUCAUGAAAACUGCAAAACUAACAGAGAUUCAUCCCCUAAAACACAUCUUACCUACUGUUGCAUCAGCUGGUACAAAGUCAUGCUGUGCAGAGAAAUAUUAUUUAAACCCACAUAACUUCAUUUCAAAUUCUGGUGGCGAUCCCAAACACUUUUUACAAAACCAAAUCUGUCAUGCUGAAUUUCUGGAAAAGGUGGAUGAACAAAACAUCUCCAGUAUUUAAAGUACAGACAUGGGGGGAGGGAAGGUAUUUCACAGUGGGCUGAGUUAAAUCAGCUUCAACAAACAAGAUGGUUCAAUAUUUUACAGUCAGAAAGUGUAGAGAAGGUGGAUUUUCUCCUUAAAAACACUAAAUUAGCUGAGAAUCUGUUUAACUAACAACUAAAAUGAAUGAACAACAAUAAAUAAGUGAACAACUGAAAACAGAAAAAAAGGUUAGAAACCAAAUAAAAAAAAACACAGGCAGCGUUAUAUAAAAGAAACCAAACUCUGUGGGGGCCCUAAACCCUAACCCUACUCUAACCCUAACCAUACUCUAACCUAAACCCUACCCUAACUCCAACCCUAACCCUAACCCUAACUUUAACCCUAACCCUACUCCCUAACCCCUAACCCCAACACUGACCCUACUCUAACUUUAAACCCACCAGUGAUGCAUUUAAUAGUGAAGAGAAGAACUGAUGUGACUUGGCUGUGUUAAACCCACUCCACGCCUUCUCCCGUCCCUGUUUCUGACUAGGGCAGAGCUGCGAUAGGGAGGGGGGUGUACUUGGGCUGCAUAGCUCACCAAAUUACCAAAGUGGAAUUAGAGCCCGCGGUGCUAGAAAGAGUUACACAUCUCCAUAGUGACUGCAUGUUGUUGAAUACAGAUUUUAAAUUAUUUGUGUCGGGUAAGUCAACGACCUUAUGAUAUCAUUAUUAGACUGAGUCAGCCUGCACAUAGACUUAUACAUACAAUUCUUAAGUAAUGCUUGAAAAGUAGGAACAUUACAGCUCACAAACAUCAUACUCACAUUUUCCCAUCUUCGGUACUUGAAGAGGAUUUGAAGAGCAUCAUGCUAUGCCCUCUUUAUCUUGUUCAUAUUUCUUUAUUAUUACUACACCAGAGAUGUGCUGCGUAAAGUGAAGUGCAAUAAGCUCUAAAAAGAGCUGUUUUGACAUCAUCACUGCACAUAUGGAAUUUGAGUGCCAGCAUGUUUGCCUGGGCAUACAGUUAAUAGCACUGAUGCUGAAUAUCAUCUUCAUCAUUUAAGUCAUCCCUGAGAAUACGCCCCAAAUAUUUUACUUUAAUUAUUUCACUGUAGUUUAGUUAGUGACUGUUUUCCACUGUGGGUGACUUUACAUCUAAUCGACUUGUUUUAAAUAACUUCAGAGCAAAAUUUCUGAGCUGAAAACACUUGUUAGCUGAAGCUAUUCAUUGUUGGUUUUGGGAUUUGUUGACAGUAAGACAGUUGUGGAAAACGUCCAGCCUCAUCCUUUGAGCCUUCGUUUAAAUACAACCUAAAAAAGUCAUUGGUUGCACAGAUUCAUUGGUUGUCCUGACACAUUAAAGAGCGGUAAUUGUUGCAUUUGGGUAUUUGUUUGCCAAAGGAUCAGAAGCUGCUUUUAACUGAGCCAAGGCCUUUCUCAUUUGAGUUGAACGCCGCUCCCUCACCCGACACAAGGAAAUACGAUACAGACAUUUACAUAGCAAUAAAGUCAGGCUGAACCUUGGCUGAUGAGUUAUUGGAAGUGGGAGCAGGGCAGACUUUAAUUCCAGCGCGGGCUCAUAAAAGACAGUAGCCUUUUGUCGCUGACUAUGAAGACGAUCCUUCAGUGUACACCGAUGUCACACUUCAUUACACUGGAUGUUAGUUGCAGAAGACGCCAGGCAAUAUACCAGCAGUAAAACUCUAAAGUUUGCCUACCCUUUAGCCCGUGAAUUACACUUAUUGUACACUCAACCCAACAAUAAAGUUUCCUGCUUAGUAAAGCACCUGCUUUUAGAAGGACAGGUAUGUUAAUCACAUGCCUCUCCAGUGACAAACAGAAAGCUGUUGUUCUGUUCAGAUACAAAAGGUUUGAAAAAAGCUGCUUUGUCCAAUCCGAUGCUGGACUUUCUCACAGGUACAGGCUGGUGUGAGGUUAACAGGUGCAACAUGGGAAACUAGCGCUUAAGAGAUGGAAGGACAGGUGUGGAUUUCACCUCCUCAGGCCAUGGAUGGUUUCGGGUGUCUCAGUAGUUUGGAUGGAAGAGCCAGAACCCAACUGUUGCUCUGGUGUUGUGAUUCUCACAGCUACACAAGUGAAUUAUUCUGCUGAGGUUCAAUUUUUCAACUGUUUCUCUUUUAAGGAUAAAACCUGACCUUUUGUGAUUGCAGGCCACCUCUCCCGUCCCCUCUCUUUGUGUGUGGCCUCGUGUGGAGCUUCCCAGAGUGUGAGAUACAGUAGAUUUUGGUCAGAUUGCUCCCCAGAGAGUGUUAAAAGCUAAAAGACUUUAAAUGUAUUUGUUGUAAUAGAGCGGUUCAGAUCAGAGGAUUAGUGUCUGAUCUGUGAAGAGGACACGAAGUCCCUCUGCGCCCGUACAGCUGCUAACUGUAUUAAAAUACAGUUGUGUGACUACAAAGGCUCUUAGCAUGUAAAUCUGAUCACAUUCAGCCGGAGCAGAAGAAGAGAAGGAGCUCAUUACACACAGUUAACACAGCUGAUACACUCCUCUUUUCCCACACGGACAAACACGAGAGUUUGCACUGCGAUUGCUCAUCUUUGUUUUUUUUUUUUUCUGUUACGCCCAAUUCAAGUUUGAAACCAUCACACACUCCAGCUUAACGGAGCAACCAGCAGCAACUUCAUGUGAAACCUUAUCUGCGUCUUUCUCUCGCCGAAACCCGGACGUCUCUGUGCAGCGUGCCAGGAGCUGACGACAUCUCUAGACGCUGUGGGCUCACCGCCCGUAAAUAUCACAUUCUCAGGGACAUAAAUGUCCGUGUCACUCAGAGCGGUUUUAAAUGAUCAUGCACCGUCCCGCCCGACCAAACGAGACGCUCUGUGGGCCAUCCCCCAAAAGGCUUUUCUAUCAUUUAAAAUCUUCAUCUCUAAAAUGUUGCUCAUCCAUUUUUAAAGGACAGAAAAUCAAUCCUUCCAGAGCAUCUUUCACCCUGAAUACAAUGUAGAGAAAAAAACUCACUCUGUGGCCUUUGACGUUGUCCUUUCGUCAGGUGAGGGAGGGUGGGCUUUGUCGUGACGUUAAUCAGUAACUCACACCAGGGAACGGUUCAGGUCUGAGUGCACAAGUUCUCCCUGCACAUCCAGAACCCCGUCCUCUGACACUGAUAAGCAUUUUUAUUGUUCAGCACCUUUAGGUGUCAUUGGUCUGAUUUUCAUCAUUUACUAACAGUGGAAACACACACACCAAGAGGCCACAGAGACGACAUAGUUCCUGAAGAAGAAGUCCCUGAAACUGAAAGAUUUGGUCUAAAAGCAUCUUUCGUCAACAGCGGAGCAGCAGUCCGUAUGAAGAGAUACAGAAUUUCUUUGUUUCUUGAAGGUCUAGAACUUCUACUAAAGUUAUGAGACAAUUUCUUUGUGUCGCACCGAAUGGCGUUGAGUAAAAGCUAAUCUGAAACAAUUUAGAUGAACAGAAACGUCAGAAUAAUUCACUUUGGGGGCAGUGAACAUUAAAAAUAAAAAAGCUCAUUUUGUCAGAGAGGCGAUGGAGAAUAAUUCAGUUUUUGUGUUUUUAUCCUCAGUCUGUUUAUUUUAGAGGAUGUAGAAACCGUCUCAGCUUCAUCGUCAAUUAUGAGGCAGAUUUUUAUGGAAAGGGACUUGACCUGUUAUUCAGCCGACGCACGAGAGUUAAACGUGUUUUUAAGUCUUCAAAGAUGCAUAAUUUCCUGUAUUUAUCUGAUAAAACACAGAAAUGGGAUUUUCUUGGCUUUGAAACUGAAUAUCAGUCGACAGUUGUUGAUAAUGGAGGCUGCACUGAUGAGUCAUUGAGCUGCAGAUGAAAAAAAAAAUCAGGUGAAUUGGUUCUUAUUGAACCAUGAACUUGAACUGUGAACGUGGACCUGUUUAUUUUGAUCAGUGUGAACUUGAACUAUACUAAAGUGAAGCAAACAAACCAUUUCAGACACACAUGAUCUGCAGUCUGUAAAAUGGUGUUUAGCUUCAAUCUUGUGGGAUGACGAGGACAUCAGUUUUUUUUAUCUAUUUCCACCAAAAAAACACUCACUUAGCUAUGUUUUAAAAAAAAAAACCUGUCUGUCACAUUUGUCAUUUUUGUUUCGAGUGUGAAAAAUCUGCUCGAUAAAUCGCAUUAUUCAGUAACUUCCAUAAAAGAUUUCUCUUCUAAACUCAUGUUGAUCAACCUCUCACAGGAGUAUCUACCAGUUAUUCAAGAGUGGAGGCUGAUCGUUUGUCCGUUUCUCCGUAGAAAGCUGUUGUCUCUGAAACAGUCAAGUCUCUGACAUGUAUUCACCACCUCUGCUGUAGCAGCAGCAGCAGCAGAGGACUGCUCUCUUUCUCACUCAGACAAACCCUUUUCAUCUGUAAAGUGUUGUGUUUCAUCACAGCACUGAGAGGUUUUGUGUUUCUCUGUCACCUGAGUGCCUCUGGGAGGGUUAAGAGUGUGGGGGUGGGGGGCUUGGGUUGGAAACAGUUGGGCAAAUAAAUACACUGUGUGUGUGUGUGUGUGUGUGUGAGUGUGAGUGCACGAGGGUAUCACCGUGGGUGUGUCUGUGUGCGAGUGCUUGAAUGGAGCUGAUAGGGGGUUAUUGUUUGGUCCGGAGGAGUCAAAAAGCUGCUCUCUGGUUGAUUUAAUUCAGCGGAUUCAGUGAGCAGAGAGGAGCAGGGCAGAGAACCAGAGCGAGGAGAGGAGGAGGAGGAGGAGGAGGAGGUGUUAGUGGGGGUGGUGCAUCGACCUGUGUUCAGUAUGGUUAUCGCUCCCCGCUGUAUUUGGUUACCUGCUUCUUGAUUCAUGGAUUCACUUCAGACUCUGGUUUACAGCUGGGAUCUUUCUGUUAUCCUCGUUUUUAAGCAGACACCAACAAAGACAAGUUGAAGUUUGGUUUUUGAAAUGAUCCUUCAAUUAUUCCUGAUUAUUAAUUAUUUACAAAAGCAGGUUUUUUUACCCAAAUGUUGUGGAUGCUGAUUUUUUUCUCCCUGCACGUUAAAGCUGGACAUCUCUAAAAACGUCAUUCCCUCCAGAGUUUUCAGUCUCACUUCAGGGUUUUCUCUAAUUCUAAUUAGAGCGUCACGCUGGUCUGACACUGAUAAUAACUGAGAAGGUCUGGAUAAAAGUUCCUGGUCCAGUUUACCCUGAAGGUACCAGAUGAGGUUGGAGUCAGGACCCUGUGCAGGCAAAGCACGUGUUUCACACCAGAUUUGUAAAACACCCUGCAGCGAGAAAGCCCACGACACAUUCUUACUUCAAGCUGGUCAUGUAGAGAAACCUGAGCCUCAUAAUACUGUAUGUUGAUCAGGUCACUGUUUUGGACGUGCAGGCCUGAGCGCCAAUAGAUAUCUGAUGUCGUCUCCCAAAAUAAAGGUAAACAAUAAUUAAAAAGCAACUUCUGGUUUCGAUGAUUAAACUAAAACUUUCAAAUAAAAAAGUCAAGAUUAUCUUUUACUCAUGUAGUAUUCAUGAACAUUUGAUUUAUGUCACAAAAAGAUUCAUUUUGGUCUUUUUAACAGGAAAAUAACUCAUCAGAAGUACGGGUCUUUGUCGAGUAUUUUGCAGCUAAAAAAAAAUUAUGGCAGCCAUUGAAAACACAUUCAAAAAUGGUCCCAAAAUAUGAGUUUUUUAACCUUUAUUUAUGAUUCAACAUCGGACCUUAAACCACAUUUCAGCAGGAAAUCUGCUCCCGUCUCAUUUGAGUCAUGAGACAUUAAAUAUAUACUGUAUAUUUACGGCCAUGACUUCAAAAUGAACAAAUGUGAGAAACACUCAGAUCCACGUCCAUCACUUAUCUCUGUCAGCCUCAGAGAUCUGGUGAAUAUCAAUCAUAGUGACAGAUUUAUCAGCUCUGUCAGCAUCCUGGAGCCUUUCUACCUUUACAGUGGGAGUCUUCUUUUUUCUCAACAUCUCAGUGGGAAGAAAAGAAAACCACACAGCUCCACAACAGAGGCAGAAACCCCCCCGUGAAGGUUUAAAACUGCUUUUUUCAUGACGUCUCUGAUGUUCAUGUCUAUAUUACUCAGCCUGUAGAGAGCAGUAUCCAUGAUUUCAGUAGAUUCAGUGAAAUUACGUCUUUGCGGGAUUUUAACUACUGCUGGAAAAUUACCUCUGAGAAAUGCCUCCAAAAGGAUAAUUUCUGUUCUCUCUUCAUCGCUAAAAUAAACAAGUUAUUGGAAUUAAGAGACAAAAUGGUUUUGUGGCGUGUUGAUGUUAGGGUUGUAUUUUCACUGGCUAAAAAAAGGGUUGAAAGUGGCUGAAGGCAUGAAAGUGUUUUCUGUUUUAAAGCGAGCGUCCGCAGGAGAGUCCAGGUUACAUCCUCAGAGAAAUAAGGAGCCCGUCGCAUAAAAACACCUCAUGAACUUUUUCUCAUUUAAGGUUCUGGUUUGUCUGUCCAUGGCCCCUGAAGGUUUCAUGCUCUUUUGUCAUUUUUACCUAAAUAAUAUGUUUUAUUAGUUUGAUAUUUGUUUGUUAUUUAAACCCUCUUGGGCUGACACUAAUGUGUUCGAACCGUCAGCUCCAAAAAUAGAAACCCUGCAACAAACGGAUGUCAUGUAAAGAGACUGUGUCCGCGAUGUCCGGGGGCUUUUCUGUCCCACAGAGAAAAUAUUCGUGUAUUUUCAGGUGUAAUCUGGAUCCAGUCCCUGAAAAAGGAAAUCUGUCAUGAUGUUUAAAUUUUAGUGAAAAAGCACUUCUUGGUAAAUAAGCUGCCUUAUCUAAGCUCAGCUGACGAUUAAAAGGUCCGGUUAAUAGCAGGGAAAUCCAAAACUCAAUAUUGAAAAUAAGAAUAAUCGUCUGUUUUAGAUUACAUAGCUGCAGACGAUCUGUGCUGCACACUUUUACACUUGUGCACAGAAUCAUUAAGCUUAACAUUUCACAAUAAUUGUCAAAUACUAAUUAUUAUGGCAGUGAUGUUGCAGCGUAAAGAAUAAUACAUCUUAAAAUUAACCAAUGCUAACUGUUCAUUUUCAAAGCUCAGUCGACUGAAACAGCUGUUUUCUUUAGUGUGUUUAAGAAAAGGGAAAUUCUGACUGAGCUUAACGUUCAGAAUGUAACGACUCUUUUCCUCUGUUUGCACGGUUCACUCACUCAUUCGUCUCUUGAGUGCGAGAACAUGCUUGUUUUUGCAUUCUCACAUCAACAGAAGAGCCUGAGUUUCCCGGUCAGUUCCUCUCUCGUACCUCGCCCUCUCUCUCUCUGUCAACCUCACAGUCCAUUUACUUCACAUUCAAAUCCUUUGCAGUCAUACAUUUUUCAGAUGGCGGGGGUGUUGCCAUUAGGUCAUGCUCUCAUUUCACCUCCACCCAUCCCUUCCUAUUUUAUCUGACAACUCCCAGUCAUGGUCGUACAAACCUCCCAGCCGCAGCCCUCUCUUUUCCUCUGAGGUGCUGUAGUGACCUAUAUCACACUGAGCAGGUAAACAUGAGUGGGAAAAAAACCCACCAGAGGUCAAAGGGUAGGAUUUUAACCGCUCUAAUCCCCUGAGUGUAUUCUGCUCUGUAUUUUGCUCUGCGUUCCCCUUCCUCGUCUGCUCCUCUCCCUGUGGAUUCACUCACCUUUGGCAGCCUGGAAAAGUAAAUAAGGUGUGUUAUCUCUGCCAACAUACCUUACGCCAACUUCCUGGUUCUUUCUGACUGUCCCACUCCGCUAUAGCAACCAUAAACGGGAACUUCUGUUAAUAAUUACCGUCACUGCAGUCAUCCUCGAUGCUCCCACUCUGCAGUUUGAGUUCUGUUUGGAUGAUUUUAUUCCUAAAAUGGUGCAGUGAGGCUACAGUGCGUCUUAUAUAAUGCUGUUGUUGACUGUGUCUCUUCAGCCACACUGUUCCGGGCCGUUAGGUUGCUGGACAAUUGUCUGUCAGACAAAGUGUGAGAAGUAGAUGGACACAGAAAGACGUGGGCAGCAGCCUGAAAAAGAUAAAGGGGAUGAUGUGGCAAGCUGCGCUCCGGCUCGAGGGAGCCGUCACCUGGCAACCAGGAGAUCACAUUACGAAGUUUGUGUGUUAGCUGUUGUUUGUGUUUUGUGCAUGUGUUUGUGUGAGGUUGUUUCAUUCGAGGACAUUUUUUUUUUUUCACACUCCAGCAGUUUCACUCAGGUCAGACCCAGAGGAUGUCAAAUAAAAUCAGCAUCAUGUAAAGCUGGCCAUCUCAUACAACCUCCACCCCUGCCCCCUCACCCGCCUAACCUCAAUCUGUUUCUGCAGGGCGAGUGUCUCUGGUUAGAAUCACAGCCCUGAGGCUGGAGGACCUGCAGCUGGAUGACCAGGGCCUGUACGAGUGCCGAAUCCUCUUGCUGUCUGAACCCACAGAUGAGCUGCAGAAUGGCACCUGGACCCUGCUGUCUGUGACCGGUGAGGUUCAUGGAGAUGCCGUUUUUGUGUGUGUUGGUGUUUUGGCUGCAUGCCCGUAAAGCUUAAAGCUAAAGUAGGUUACGUUUAGCUUUGUAAGACAAAAUUCAUGAGCCGAAUGUAAACAAAACACAGGAUGGGGCGUGUUUGAACAAAGAGCAACCUUUGGUCCAGAGAUAGGAGAUAUGGGUGUGUCGAUGAAAACAGGGUCAGAAAAUAAUUAAACCAGGAUGGAAGUCAAAUCUGUGUCAAACAUCAAACCGAGCGCCGACAGACGGUGAGGUACACCUGAUUCUUUGAUGACUCUUAUAUUUAUCAGUCCCUUUUUAUUCACCUGGUUGUAUUUAAAACGUUCAUUGAGAUCUCCUGGAUUUUAAAGUUAGAUUUUGUACCUGAGAAAACAAAAAUACUCAAAACUGCUUCUAUUGAAAUAAAAAAAAAUCCCAUUUCUCUAUUGAAUUUACGUAACAAGAGACGACAAUUGAAAAAAAGUUGUAAUAAAUAAGGACAAAAACCGACUCAUCCCCUCUGGUUUUGUAUGGAAAUCCAUAUAUUUUACUAUAUUUUACCACAAAUCCUGUAUUUCACUAUAGAUUCUUGUAAAAACCUGCUUUAGCUUCAGACCUCUGCUCGGGUGUUUCCCGUCAUACUUUCAGGGCCGUUGUUGCUAGGAGACACGCUGCCAUCCGCUGCGCUGUGGAUCACCAUGUGAUCUGAGACAUCUGUUCCUUUACAACAUUUAGCAUUUGGAAGGACAAACAUUUAUAUUUCACAGGGAAAGUGGACGCUGGGUAGUCUUCCAUAUACCGAGUAGGACAUGGUAAACUUAAAAAUACAGCUUGUUAGAAAAAGAAUGUUUUGGUUUCUGCGUCUCCAGUUUCAUAGAUUUAUUUUAAAUGUUAGUCUGAGUCAGGGGUUUACCGUAUAAUACAUCAUUGUAAUACAAACCAACAUGACUCUGUAGUGAAAAUUAGUGAGAAGGCUCAAAAUCAUUUCUAAGACUUUCACUGACAGGGAUUAGUUUAGAGUUAGAAUCAGCUUUUUUGGCCAAGUCCGUGUACACAUAAAAGGAACUGGACUCCGGUAACAGUUGGUCCACAAAAGCAGAUAUCAAAAUGAAGUCUUAUGAAAGACGUCUUCUUUCACCUACUGGACACUUCCAAAACAUCUUUGGACCCGGGUCUGUGAAGGAUGGAAAACUGACAAAAUGAGUCUGAUGAGUCAAAUUUGACCUUUUUACCUCUGCUCUAAAGAGAAGAAGGUUCAGCUGCUGUGUUUUCAGGACACAGCGAGUGUCAAAUCCAAAAUAAGUCAUUUUUCACACAUCAGUAAAACGUUAGGUGUAAACAUUCUGAAUCAGGGUUUUAUUCGAACGUCCAUGAACUUCUUGACACCCUGAAAGGUUCUAACAACAGGAUUGAUUCCAUUUUGAAAAGGAUAUUCUGGCCUAAAAUUAAGUUAGACUCACUGUAACUCCGAGUUAGACACCCCCUGGAGAGUUGAGUGUUGCCGACCGCCUACUUCUCUAGUUAUACCAACUUUAGUAACGACCGCAGGAUAGCAAUACACAGCAGUCUACAUCUCCACGUGCAAACUGCAACCAAAACGCCGCUCUAGAACAGCACCUAACUUCAUCAACAGGACAUAUAGGGUCACAGUCAUAGUACUAGACACCAAACAUCUUUUUAGCUUUGACUCAUUUCUUUAGCAAAGAGACUAAACACUUCACCCACUCACCUCCAGCAGCCGCUUGUUUGUGGGGGAUCAGAUGAGACACUAAGACAGAGGAACUACCAAGUCUGCAGAACAAAAUGAUUAUUAUGAUGAAUAUUACUUCUAUUACUCUGUUGAUGAAGUUAGGUGCUGUUCUGAGCAUUAUUUGUGUCCAUAGAGACGUAGACCGCUGUGUAUUUCUAUCCUGCGGUCGUUACUAAAGUUGGUAUAACUAGAGAAGAAAGAGGUCGACAACAUUCAUCUCUGGAGGGGGUGUUUAACCCGGUAUGUUUGACCAUAAAUUAAUUCUAAUUUAAUAUCCCUUUAAUGGAUACAAUGCUUUGACGAACUCGAGACAUCUUUGCUGCUCAGAUCCUCUGAAAACCAAAGUGGACCCAAGCUUGGAUCAGGUUUGACAGUCAGGUGAAGGGAAACUGUGCAGAUAUUGAAAUAAAGACGUUCUCAGUCUCAUUUUCACACCACCUUUUCAUUUAUCCGACAGUGCGGUUUAUUUUUCCAAUUUCUUGACAGCUGCUUUACGUUUAACUCUCUUCUUUUACGUUAAACUUCUGAAAAAGUUUUUGACAAGUUAAUUUUUGAAAAACUCUGUGGACAGAUGAGGUGAUUUAAAUAACUCCUGACUUUCUUGACAGAGGUUUUGUGAGACUCAUCCCUGAGCUAUCAUCAUUAUUAUUGAUAGGUCUAAAUAAUAAAUCUAAAUCUGAAAUAUGCAUCAUUAUUUUCUGUGCUUUGAAGUGUGUCUGUAUCUGGGAAAACCUUUGCUAUGACUGCUCACAAACAUAAAGAAUAGCAGAUCAAAGUGAGGUGAGACAGUGUUGGUCUGUGUGAGCGUCGGGUUAGAGCCGAGAAUUAUCAUAGAUUAUAAUAGGUGUCUGUGCGCUCCAGGCUUUAGAUGUAACUUCACUGACAUGCCCCGCAGGUUUUAAGCUUCAAAUCCGAUUGUUUUCAAUCUGACUUAACAUUUGAGAUCGUCUUUGGCUAAAAAAUGUACGAAAGAAAAGGUAAAAAUGAUGAAAGCCUGAAGUUUCACAGAUAUGUGAAAAGACUUUUGGGGAGUAUUCAGUAACAUAUUUUCAUCAGAUCGCUCGUGCUUUUGAAUAUUAAACAAGUACACCAACCUGUGAUUCAGAGGAGGAGAUCAAUUCUUGUUUUCCGUGAAAAUACUGAAGCUAUAUUCCUGUUAAAAUAAAGAAAAAAUAAAAGUAUGAGCUCUGGGAAGUUGUGGAAGUUUGAGGUGGUCUGUCCGGGUUUAGUUUGUUUGCAGAUGAUGAAAGAAAUAUCUGGAAGUCCUCUGAUUAGAUCUGAAGCCCAGAGAGACGGGAAAACGUUCUCGCUAACAGAUCUAAAAGCAGCGUCACCGGCAUUUUCACUUUGUUGCCUGAAAUAAUAAUGAAACUCGAUGUCAGUAAACUGCGCCUGAGCUGCUGCUGUUUAACAAACACGGCCGACCUGCUGUCAGGCUGUUCAUGGUGCAUAAAAAAGAGGUGAAGGAAACAAAGAUCCAAAGUCUGCUCGUCCACUUUUUCCCUUUGUAGUUUCUCUUUAAUGUGUCGCUCUGAACCCACCAUGAUGGGACUUUGAGCUUUUCUAUAGACAUCAACUUUUGUUUAUUCAAAGAGGACGACUGACGCUGCACACCCCUGAUCUCAUGAACAUGUAUAAUCACCAUAACAUUCUGUAUUUUUACCACAUAUUCAAUGUUGACCUUCACGUUUUGCUCCGUAGCCUCACCCACCUUCACGGAAACCCCGCCUCUCGUGGUGGAGGCCCUUGUUGGCAGUCAGCUCUUUCUUGACUGUGCUGCUGAAGGCAACCCCACCCCGAGCAUCACCUGGACAAAGGAUGGAAACCUGAUCGAGAGAAGAAACUACCAGGUACAUGUAUUUUUAUGCCCAUCCUUGAGAUUCACCUAAAACAACUAGAACAGGGGUCGGCAACCUUAAACACUCAAAGAGCCACUUGGACCAGUUUCCCACAGAAAAGUAAACACAGGGAGCCACAAAACCUCUUUGACAUCUAAAAUGAAGAUAACACUGCAUAUAUCUUUUUUUUUUUACCUUUAUACAAAGUAUAUGAAAAACUGUAGCGAGUUGCAUUUAUGAAAUAAAUGAACUAUUUCGGCGAGUGUCUGUCUUCUUCUGUAGUUAAACCGCAAGAUAUCAAAAUCUACCCGGAUACAGCAAUGCUGCUUUUUGAUUGGCUGUUCAGUAGAUAUACUUUAUUUGAUUGGCUUGUGCGUGGCACGCAGCUUCUGAACUCUCGGAGGAACUCAGUUGAUUUCCCCCAGUUCCAUAGUUGAAGAAGUGCAACUUGGUGGACAUCACCGUGUUCAUUUAAAUGUGUGAGAAAUACAAUGUGUGGUGUGUGAGCGUGUGAACGAGUGGGAAUGCGUGUGUCAUACGCUGAAUGUGUGAGACUUGAGAGCCCUGUGCUCACGCAUCAUCGAUGUACUCCCGAGCCAUGCAAAAUGGUCUUUGCAAAUGUUGCACUGAACGCCUUCCUUUUCAGUCUUGGUGAAGUUUUCCCACACCACUGAUGUUUUAGGUCGGGAUUUGGGUUGGGUUGUGUCCAUGUUUUUCUCAGCCGCUGCCUCGGCCAUGGCUGUUUCUUUUCUGUGCGUCCUGCUGAUGUUUACACGCCGGUGUCCAUGGACAUAUAUAAAGACCCAACGAAUCGAUUACAGAAUUUGUUGGCAACGGAUUUUUCGUCACGACGAAUCUACUUAAUCGAUUCGUUGUUGCAGCCUUAAUAGUUUAUUUAAUGUUACAAGAGCAUUAUAAUCUUUGAAUUUAGAAUUACAAAAAAAAUAAAAUAAAAUAAAAUAAAAUAAAAUGCAAUUAAGUAUUUAUUAUUUAUUUCCCAAAUCCAUUGGGAGCCGCAGCUUAGGGAAGAAAGAGCCGCAUGCGGCUCCAGAGCCGCGGGUUGCCGACCCCUGAACUAGAACAACAACUAAUAUCACUACCGGUCUGCCUCCCUCCACGGUCUCUACUGUGUUCUACGCUCAUGUUUGUUAAACCAUCAAUUACUAAUAGGAUGUGUUCCUGUUACAAUCGUCCAAACAUCUUUGAUUCUGCUGGUUCUUGAUCAUCACCUUCAUUUCACAUUAUUUGACAGACAGAUCGUCACACUGCUGAUAUACUGUAUGUGCGUCCUCAUGAAGUCAGCCAUAGAGAGGAGGGAAGCUGUAAAGAUGUGAACUCUUAUUCCUACAAUGUGAUGUGACGCUGUUGUACUCCUCGCUGACUCGCACUGCAGUGGAUGGUGCAGCCACGAUUCUGGGUUUACACUGUUGGCUUGUUUAUCCAAGAAGAGAGAACAACCCCGGCUUUUUUAUUUGUUUGUUUUCUUUUCUUUUAUGUCAUUAUCUGAAGGAAACCGCACUUUGCUCUUCUGUUACCUUCAGAGAGGGUAAGCAGUCCUGUUGGGGUCCACAUGGAUCAGGGAUCAGGGCCAUGGGGUUGUUCUGUGUUAAUGAUGAAACCAUAACCAGGAAGUACUUCUCAUCUACACAAUCUGAUAAACAGCGAAGAGUCUGCAUAUGGUGUUUUAUUUUGAAAUUCACCAGAUGACAUGCACCUCUCCUGUGCUUGACAUCCUGUCCAGGACAAUCUUCUCUGCGUUGGACACAUGCUCGGUUGAAAAUAGACUCGGAGCAGCGUGUGGAGAGGCUAUUAGGACAGAGCUGACAUGCCUCAAUGCUUCCUGUGUGUAAUGGAGGAUUGAUUGUGUGUAUUUGUGUAGCAUACAAUGCUGACUGAACGCACUCAACAGGUAUCCUGUGGGUUUUAGGUGUAAGAGUGGCCAUGAGCUCAGAACAUGGAGAAAGAGGGGAGAGAAACACGAGGGAGAGGGCUGCAGACUGUUUAUUUAGACCUCUGAACAUGGAGCACGCUUAGACACGAUGUUCACCCCGUAAUAAUUUAAGUUACAAUUACAGAGGCCAAAUGAAAACAGUCAGUAUCGAAAAGAACUAUUAAAAGAUACUAAAAAGACCAUCUGAACUGGUCGUUACCUGGUUAAUUAAAGGUUAAAUGUGACGGAGCUCCAAUCAUAGUCAACCAGUGACUUCUGCCUCAGACUGAAGUUUGUUGAAAUGAUAACAAAACAUGAAAGAAAACUGAGAAUUUUAACAACUCCAACUACCUCUCAAGAGUGACUCCUCUGUUAAAGCCACGUUAUUGAAUUUAUGGAAAAUCUGCAUAAAAAAAUCUGCUCAGAAACAGCCUCACAUGCCUAAAUCAGAUCUGAGCGCCGCAGCAUUAGUUUUGACACUCAGGAUCAAAAGGUUGGGAAACACUGAAUGCUCACACCCUCUAAUUACUUUUACUCCAGUUUCAAACACACGAAAAACAGCGACCGUGCAGCAGAGGCAGAAAUAUGAUAAUGAAGAAUAUAUGUAAAUAAAUAUUCAAUGUGAGUGUGAGUAUGUUCGUAUCUGACAUGAGAUCAGGCUCUGAGUAACUGUGUUAAAGCCAGUUUCAUAUCUAUCCAUCCACUCAUCCAUUCAUCAAUCACUCAAACACCACCGAUCCGCCCGUCGAGUUCCUGUAUGUAUUUAUAUGUGAACCAUGGCAACCAUCAAUUUCUACUCUAUCUGUCGUAUCACGUUUACCAGGAUGGAGCCUUAUCUCUGCGAGCAGUGAGCAUGCAGUCAGCAGGACAGUACGCCUGCCACGCCUCCAACUCAGAGGGAAACGUGACUCGCGUGACGAGCGUGAAGAUCAAAGGUCAGUUGUUGCUUGACAGCCAGUUUGUCUCUCUCUCUCUCUCUCUGUCUGUCUGUCUCUCUGUCUGUCUGUCUCUCUGUCUGUCUGCCAGUUUCCUCACUCUCUGUGAUGUCUGUCUGCCUGGCUGGGAGCCACCACAAUUUACAUCUCUGUUUCCCUCUCUUGCAUCAUUUGACAGAGUGGCAACAGAAUCUCAGACUGAAUUUAACUCCUAUUUGGUCCCUGUGAAGGUAUUAUUGAUAUCAUGGUAUGUGACAGGAUUUCAUCCCGGGUUCGGGGCAUUGCUUUAUUGUGAUAAAACCGAGUGUUUAGCUCAAUUUAAAGGCUGCGUUUCAGAGACAUGACAGUUUUCUGAAAUGUGACGGCUGCUGUGACUGAGUGAAACGUCUUCAUGUCUCUGUUUGGUUUCCAGACUUACUUAUUACCAUAUUUUUAAUGAAAUGUUCGUUUCUGAAUGAAUUUCUCUUGAGGUACGAGGUCAGAUGAAAUGUUUUUGGGUACAAACACAUGCCUCACAGAUACACGUGUUCUCAGGUUUGCAGAUUUCCAAAAUUGAAGUCCAGUAAAAGGAUGAAAAUGUGUUGAAUAUGCAAAUGUUCUGUUAGUAUCACUAGAUUACACCGACACAUCUCUGCAUAAUACAUUGUGGAAUUAAUUUCUGACUUUUUCCUCAACUCCUACUCCAACUCCUACUGCCGAUUUUCUCCAGAGAACCAGGACUCAUCUUGAGAGUUGUGCAGGGGGAAACACUUUCUCGAGUUUCUCUAAAUUAUGGAGCAUUUGUAGUGGUCACAUUUUGAACAAACAUCCUCACGAGCCAAAAAACGUUCUGUCAUAGUGACACGAUCUGAGCUUUGGCCAGGUUUCGCUGCAGCGUUGCCACAUGGAUGGAUUACAGAAGACUAAUGGCUGAUCUGGAUGAAGUCAGUGAAAAGCUUUAAGUAACCCCUAAAUUGUCACCCAUGCAUGUAUCUGUGAAGCAUUAGAGGCUGCAAACCAAUCAGGAAUGAGUGCUGCUCAGAUUAUGUGCUUAUUUAUACAUGAGACAUGUGCCACCUAAAGCUGACGAGGGAGGGAGAGAGAGAGAGAGAGAGAGAGAGAGAGACAGAGAGAGAGAGAGAGAGAGAGAGAGAGAGAGAGAGAGAGAGAGAGAGAGAGAGAGAGAGAGAGAGAGCGAGAGGCUGCCACAAGCAGACCUGGCUGCCCAGAGAGGAGCAGGUGUGUCGGCUCUGUCCUCACACACAGCUGGACACAGAGCAGCACUUCCUGUUGCACUGUGACACACACACACACACAUCAGGACACACACACAAACAUACACUAAACUCACACACAUAACACCCAACUUCCCCCAACUCACAGACCAGGAAAAGUUUGGACAUCUCUUGGGGGAACAAAGGGCCACCGCUUUAGAAGCAGCCAGAUAUGUCAAUACACACCAUCGAAAAAGUGCUGAAAAUAACCAGACCAGCUGCUCCAGAGUUUUUACCUGCAAACAUGAUGAUACUGACACUAAGGUGAAAGGCGAACAUGUACUCCCAGUUUUUAAUUUCGUAAUUGCUGCCACGGCCACAACUUUCACUCGACACACAAAUAUUAUCCAUCAGAUCGUAGGAAAUCUACCAGCAGGACAGAAAAUGUGGACCUUGAAGCCGUGAGACGCUCACUUAUCAAGCUACGAGGUUUUGUUCAGGAGGAGGUACCUGUUUCAACUCCAUCCACAGCCAUUAAAAAAGAACACAAAUGCUCCACAUCCGACUGUUGCUCAUUUUCUCUGAACAACUCACGCUGGUUGUUGGUGUCAAGACUUCAUGAAUUUGUCAUCAUAAAUGUUUGUAAAACCAAAAAAAAAAGAGAUUUUUAAGAAGGAUUAAAUUUCCAUUUAAAUGUGUUCUUAGUUUACAGACACUGUAUUUGUUUCGUCUGAUCUUUGACAUCACAGUUAACCUGAAGUCGUGUUUUAUCCCGACACUGUUAAAUUUCCAUUUGAUAUUUUCCUGUAAUCUGACUUUAAGCGCCCAUUCCAGCUCAUUCUUACUUCACUUAUGACUCCCACCUUUAAUGUGUUAAUCUCAGUUGAAAUAAUGUCUCACAACAUAUUUUAAGUCAGUAUUAGGCACAUUAUAGUAGACCCUUAUUUUCAUGCACAUACAUGCUUAUAUGAAAGGCAGGGAGAGCCUUAGCAAAGACCCCCGGGGUACAAACAGUGACACUAACAUCAUAUAUGACACUUAUAAUCAGACAGCACCAAAACGAGGGGCUGGGGUGGUAAGGGCGGUUUGACUAGGACACCAAUCUGAACAUCCCCUUAUUAGUUCAACUGUAUAGGCCGGGAUUAUGAUCAGCUGAUGUAUUUUGAACCAAGUUUAACACGGAGAGAGCUGUGUUCAAAGUGUUAAAAAUGUGUUUGUAACAUUAUUUCUACGUCUCGUGCAGAAGAUAGUUGACUUUGUGAAAGCGUCUGUUUAAAAAUCUCGUUUAGAAACUAUCUUAUCAUCUGUUAUUUUAUUCACACAGCUCUUCAAACAUCUCACUGCUUUGGCUCCUUUUUAUAUUUAUCCUUAAACAAAGUUUAAAACACCAGUGCUGUCAGGUGGUGUAGUUGGUGGCCUUGGUAAACUAAAGACUUUUCCAGCUCAGAUUUGUCUUUAGCCUUCACAACAACAAAGCUUGAGACUAGUUAGGUGGUGGAGUUUUUUUUUUCCUUUGCUAUAUUUUGUUGUUUCAAUUUUAGAUAGAUAGAUAGAUAGAUAGAUAGAUAGAUAGAUAGAUAGAUAGAUAGAUAGAUAGAUAGAUAGAUAGAUAGAUAGAUAGAUAGAUAGAUAGAUAGAUAGACUUUAUUGAUCCCCGAUUUGGUAGAAGUUUUUUUUAAAUGUACUGUACAGCAGACAGGUGUGAGUCCCUGUCUGACAGAUGUGAGUUAUUGAACAGUGGAAUUGAUAAUUAUAAAAAAAUAUACUAUUAUACACAGUUAUAAUAUAAUAAUAGUGUUUGGGCAGAGUAAUUUUCCUCAGGACAAAGACAUCUUCAUCCCAGUACAUACAGUAAACUUCAGGAAAGCCUUUAGAAUGAAAACCAUUCGUAAAAGGUUUAUACUAUUAUUUGGUAACCAUGCAUCAAGAACGGCAUCUGUAUUCAGAAGCUUUCAGGAUUUCUUUGAGACAUGAAGGAAAUGGAUUUUUUUUUAUCUCCAGAGAAAAUGUCCUUUAUCGCAGCUCUUUCUUGGAAAAGUGAGUGAAGUCUUUUUUAACUUUUCUCCCCCAGGUCCACCUGUCAUUGUUGUCCCUCCUGAGAGCACCUCUCUCAACAUGUCCCAAAAUGCACUUCUCCGGUGCCAGGCGGUGGCAGAUCCCCCCAACAUGACCUACGUGUGGCUGAAAGGUGGUGAAAACGUCUAUCACAUUGAGUAAGUGUAAAAACGCUCUUUGUUCCCAAGUCGGAGGUUUUUAAACCUGCGCUGUUAUUUCUAACGGGUUUGAGCAGGUGGAGUAAAGAAAUGAUUUGAGAUUAAAGGAAAUGUUGUAACGUCUAAUCAAAAGAUAUUUUGGUGUAUUUCAUGGAGGAUUUCACUGAAAAUGUUUCACAGGAAAGGGAAAAAAAGGGAUGGAUGGAGAUACAAUAAAAAAGGAGAAAUAAAGAGAAAAUAAAACUUCAGCUUGAUCUGGUGGGUCCAGAGCCAGAGGUGGGGGGCCGCUGCCUUUCUGUCAAAAACUAGACUCAGGUAUCAUUACUCCAAAAUCAGCAAAAGUCUGACCUUUCUUUAUUUCAUAUUUCUUGACUUCUCUACUUAUUUAAAUAUAAUAUAAAAGUCUACUUAUUUAUUGACCAAAACUCCGUGAAGAUCUUACCCCUGAUCACUGUAGCUUCGACACGUGGAAGUUAGUCCCCGAGGAAAGGAGGAAUUCAACAUUUCUUUAACAUUUCUUUAACAUUUCUUAAAAGCCUGUCCAACGCGUUCGCUUGUGCUGCUCUGCUGAGAGCUGACAGAGGUUCAGUGAUAUUUAAGAAGAAGUGCACUGAUGCUUCGCUUCAUGUCUGAAGAAAUCGCUUUACUCUUUCAAAUAAGAGGAAAAUACGAUUCAACUCUUCAUCUUUACUCAAGAAUUCACUGAAUACUUAGAGUCUCUACCAGUCAGGUAUGAAAAAGUUCGCUCAUGAAUCGACCUACAUGAUGCAUUUUUUUCAGCUGUGAAAUUGUUAAAGGGAUAUUCCGGCGUAAAAUUAUUUUAGGGUCAAACACACAGUGACACCGACUUGGACACUCCCUCCAGAGAUGAAUGUUGUCGACCGCUUGCUUCUCUAGUUAAACCAACUUUAGUAACGACCGCAUUGUUAGGGUGACUCACACAAUGAUUGGAGCUCAUACGACAUGUUUUUUGAACUCGUGGAAACACAGUGGAGAUGUUGCUGAUACUCAUUAAAGUUACAGAAGAACUACUUCUUCAUGACAACUUUUUAAGAUGUUGGGCCCAUUUUCUUCACAAACAAAACAAACAAAAAAAAAACCUGAAAGCAAGUAGAGUUUAAAAAAAACUUUGAAACAGGAAGAAGAAGAAGAAGAAUAAAGUGGAGGGGAAACAAGGAUAAGAGGAAAGAAAAGGAGCACAUGAAGAGGGUUGAGUAAUAACAUCAUCAGGGCAGGUGCAUAAUGAGUUCAGGUGCUGAUAAUCAAGACAGGAGCUGAAAUGACAAGUGACUGUUCAAGUUUCAUCAUUUAACGGAAAAAGUUGUGUAAAAAGAUAAAGUAGAUAAUUGAGCCGUCUGACGUUUGAAGAAUGAGGCUCCAUUCAUCUUAGUCUGCCUAAGAAAGACACCAGCAGAGGGCUAAACGCUCUCUUACCGCUCAGCUUAUCUUUUGUUGCUUUAGCCCAUAUGUGAAUUAUCCCACAGUAACAUCCAUCCAGUUGCAGAGAGCACAAUUGUUUUAAAAUGAAAUGGCUCACUAUGUUUUUCUGUGUCCAAGGCAACGGCAAGGCCAAAUAGAACCGAUGCUAGGAUACAGUUUCCAAGAAUGCAUCAUUUUGUAUGAGCAAUAUGGAAGAAAAACCCUCAUGGUUAUCUUGUUUUGUGUGGUAAUUGUUUAGAUAUCAAUACAGCUGUGUUAAAGUUAUGAGACAGAGUAAUCUGUUUUUGUCAAACUUAAUAUCUAACAUCUUAAAUUUAGGUGCAUCUCUACAUAUAAAGUCGUAAGAAGGGCAGAAUAAAGUAUCCAAACUGUCGUAUGGCACUUCUGCUCAUUAGCAAUUUUGCUCAAAGUACAUCCACAGAUUUAACGUCUUUUCUAACCAGCAUCACUUUUAAAAUGUUGGAGGGUUCUUAUACUCUCUUCAGUGAUAAAAACAUUUAUUCAGUAUUUUAUGUGUGAUAAUUGGUGUAGAGUUUACAAUCCCAAUUAUGACUCUGAGGGUCUGAUCUAAUAAAGGUUUGUGUGUACAGAGACACCUGUAAACUUGAUAGUUCUACUAACUGGGUGCAAAAAUGGGCAAAAUACCACAUGUAAUCCAUUUAGCAUGUUUGCCUUCAUGAGUGUAGAUCAUCAGAAUGCGCAAAAUACUGGGAGGAGAAGAUGCGAAUGGAAUCAUUUAGCACCAGCGAUGUGAUUUAUGGAACCUAAAACUGAUUGGGUUCGCUUUUUUAAGCAUCUAUAUUUAGCAGGUUUGAAAUUCAGGUGUGUUAUUCUUAAUAACACACCGGUCAAUACCAAGAAGAAGAAGGAUGGUUGUUGUAGGCUAAAAAUGCUUUGGUAGAAAUUUUGGAUAAAAACUGGAGGCUCAGUCACAUGUCUAAAGUCUGCACAUUUAAGCUUCUUCUCAUUGUUGUUGUUGUUUAUCUAAAUAAAGCAAGUUUUUUUGUCUUAAUUAAAUAAAUAUUUGCAGAAUGAAAGGGAAUACAAAAGCCUACACAGAUACACCUUUUAUGCCUGCUUCUCUGUUUAGCCUUUAAGAGCGAUUUGGCCGUUAUUUGUUUCCCCAGAGUUAAAGUCUGUUAUCUCAUGAGUCUCAUCUGCUCAUGCAUUAAAGUACAUAACUUGAUGAGGGAGAAACCUAAUAUGUGUGUGAAAACAGAGGAGACAGAAGAAGAUGUGGUAAAAAAGACAGAACACUGGAGGUGAAUUCAUCAGGUAGUCAGACAUGAAACUCAGGAUGAAUACUAAUGUUGCUCUGAGACUGCUCGGUGGCUAAGGCAACAGAAAAGGAGAGUAACAUCCCCGUUUGAUAAUCCAGGAUAAAAUGUGUGUUUUUCAGAGUGUCUUUAAGUUCAGCCUUUAUAACCAUAAGACAAAGGGAUUUACAUUAAGGUCUGAUCAUGCUGCUCUAAAACAUGAAACUGUGGAGCGCAGAAGAGCUUUCACAAUAUCGGUGUCCAGUAACAGGGAGACGUUCAGAGAAUGGCUCGUAAUUUCAGACUGUUGAACACUCUUAAAAAAGGUGGCUGGGAUGGGGUCAGUUUGGCAGGUGGAGGGCGUAUUAGCAUCACUUCUCCCUGGCAUCCCUCUGUCAUACAUUUCAUUAUUCGUUCGAGUUCCACUCAGGCUAAUACUCAACCUGGUUUAGACGAGGGAGGAAAGUUUCAGAGAGGCUUUUUGGAGGUGAUGUUUAAUGCAGUUAACAGCUGAGUAGACCACAUAAGGAUUAUUCCUAUUAUCUGUUCCUCAUUUCAGUGGAAUAAGCUCUUUUGUAAUCGCGUUGUUAAAAAUAGUGAGGUGCUCUUUGAAAAUGUUGAAACAACUUUCACUUUAGGUUUUUCUCAUUUGCACCGGAAAUAUCUUGUGUAACAUUGGGAGGGGUGGGGGGCUGUUUUACUUUGAAGGGCUUAACUGCAGUCAUAAAACAUUUAUUUGGAUUUGAAAUCAAUGGACAAGACAGGAGUGGGAAGGUUUUCCUCACUAUGAAUUAUACUCAAAGUUGAAUCAAGGUUUAUUUUGUUUUAUUGAGGAUGAUCACCACCUGCUUUUCAGCCCUGACAGAUUAAAGUCGUGUUUACCACUCAGGUUUUUUUAAGCAGAUAUGGUUUAACAGUUACUAAAGACAACCAAGAUGACAAACAAGUGAUUUUUUAAAGCACAGAGACCAAGAGCCACGACAUUGGACCUACAAUCGAACCCUCAAUCUUUUGACAGCCAUAAUUGUAUUGAUGAUGUCCACAGAGAUUCAGUUCAGAAAGGUGGAGCUCAAUGUCAAGUGUUGAAAAAAUCUGAAUUUCAUGGUUUGCGAAUCAUUAAAAUCCUUAAUGAAAAUAAAGAAAACUUGAUCAUUUUAUCCUAAAGUAUUUGCUCAUUUUGAAUUACAUUUCAGUAACACUGAACAAAACAGAUAGCGUGUUUACUAUCAGGUUGCAUCACCUCCUCUGCGAACAUUACUGAACCCCAGAUGAAGGAAAACAACCACUCAUGUCUGUAUAUCAGGCAUGCAUGUAGACCGAACCAGUACAGGGUCACCUUUGUUGAAUUUAGCAUUUCAUCACGGAGACAAGUCAGGACUGUAGAGCCACGCGGCUGUAACAUGUACAGAAUGAGUUUUGGCAUUUUCUUUGCUGAAACAUGCAAGGUCUGAAAAAUAAUGAAAAAAAGGUGCCUUUCCACAUGUGUAAGAUACCCAUGUCUUGUGUUCUUAUGUAUCAUGGAUAAGUUAUGACUGUUUUUAAUGUCGGGCCUCUGGAGGGCCUGAAGAUCAGGUCCAUCCAGUGUUGGUUUUAUUAACAUUUUCCCUUAUGUACUGAGUUUUCUCCAGAUGAUAUUAUGAACUAAAUUCUUUAAAACUGUAAGCCGUUGAACAUUAAUCUUGUCGAGCUUUUUGCACAUGCAGCCUCUCACAGAGUGGUGUAUCUGUCCAUCUCUCCUUUCUUCUGUAAACCCUUAAUGAACCUGUUGCACAUUCGUCUGAUCACUCAGAAAAUGUAAAUCCAUUUGUUUUUGUUGUCGAGAUUUUAAGUUCUUUUGACAGUGAUACCAAAUUAAAAAAGCAUAUUUUUCUGAUAUUUAUUUGUAUUAAUAGUGUCAACAUUUGAUAUGUUGUCUUUAAGCCAUGUCAUGUAAAUAUAGGCUUUUAAAUUAUUUGACCCUCCUAAAGAAAAGACAAACUGAGCUCUCGCUUUGAAAUGCAAAAAUGUGGCUUUACAUGAAGCUCUCAGCUUAAGAUAUUUACUGUCAGUCAACUGAAACUACAGCUGAGGCUCUUCAGUCAUUAUUUUUGUAUAUAUUUACUCUUAAAGCCAAAGAAUGACAAUUUAGUGACUUCAAACUAAAGUUGAUCGACAUCCAUCUGAUUCAGGGGACGAUGGAGUGACAAACCAAAUUUCAUAGAAAUGUUUGUAACAGUUAGUCAUUGUGAUCCUACAAAGUAAAGGAGAAGCUAAUGUGCUCUCUCAUGCAGUCAUGUUGCUGUAAAGAUCCUGUUUUCAACUUUUAACUUUUGGGCGCUUGAAAAAGGUUAAUAAUAAAUAAUAAUGACAGAAAAAAAAAAAAAAAUAAAAUAAUAAUAAUAAUAAAAAAUCCUCAGAAGGACCUGAACUGAAGAAUGAGGGCGUUACUUUAAAGACAAAAAUAGAUGGAUGUGAAAUGUGAAAUCUAAUCUCACCACUCCUGUGUUUCAGUGGAACUGUAUAAAAGUCAUUGGGUCCAUUUUGACUGCCUGGAUUUGUAGCCUGUUUGUAAAGGGAUGCAUUCUUGUAAAGGCUUCAGACUUUCUCUCUGUAAAUGUAAUCAUGCACAGUAUGUAUAUACGAGUGGGCUUUCCUCUUCCUACUCUUAACCAAAGAGGAGUGAGGUUUCCUGAACCUCCAUCUGCAAACAGUGGUGAAUAACUGAGAAAAAACUCCUACACUGUCAAAGCUCUGAGAAGCUGUUUGACUUCACUGGAAUGGGAGAGUCGAAUCACCUCUCACUGUAAUUCUCAAGAGUUUUCUUUUGUUUAUUCUCCAGCUCCCUCAAGUCUCGAGUGAAGAUCAUGGUGGACGGAACUUUACUCAUCUCCAGGCUCAUCCCAGAGGAUUCUGGAAACUACACCUGCAUGCCCACCAAUGGCCUUCUGACCCCGCCCACUGCCUCUGCUAUCCUCACAGUGAUGCGUAAGUUUCUUUGUAUAGUUUCUAUCUGUGUUUUUGGUCUGAGGACAUCUUGGGCUUGUUGCCUUACCUCUCUUCCUGCAGACUCUUGGAGCUGAGAUCAGACGCUUCUGACGUCUCUGAUUCAGGAGUACCUUACUUGAAGAGGUCUCUGCAUUGCAGCUCUUAAAGUCCCACUCCCUUUGUUUUUUCACUACUUAAAGUUUUCUCAGUGGUCUUUAAAUUGAGAUUAUUAAGUUUUUACCAAAAAUCACAUCACCUGUGUCAUUUUUAAGGUCUUUUCUUCUGCAGAGCUUCAGUAGAUCAUAAGCACUUCGCCUCUGAGUCGUGGGCGGAGACAGCGCUGCUCUGCACACUUCUCUUUACGCUAGCUUGCAGCCUAACAUUACCUGUGUAGUAGAAGUAGCAGGUAACAUAGGAGCUAUUUAUCUCUGGGACACUAAUGUCUUUGGGAACAUGAUGAAAGGUAAUAUUAUGAUUAACUUUCUUAAGAGCAUUGCAGUCCGCUAAUGCACGCACUUGUUUAUAUAAUCCUCUCUCAGCGAUUUGAAUGUACUCAGAAAUACAAUUGUGCACUUAGUGUGUUCUUGAUAUGUCCUGUAGCAUCAGAAAAAUACCAUAUGAACAUGUAAACAACAAGAAAAACAUGGUUUUCAUCGGAGUGGGUCUUUAAUGCUUCAGUCCACAUGUUGUACACUUCCUCUAAGUCUUUGAAUCACCGGUCCUCCUCCAUCUUCUUAAGGCUGGAGUCAUCUUUAGUGCUUGUUUACCUUCUACUUCCAUUCAACAUUUCCAUUAGAAUGCUUCAGUGCAGCACUCUGCCUACAGCAGCAGUCUUCUGUGCUGACCCUGUUUGUGGUAGUCAUCCUUAGGUUAGUCAGCUACAUAUCUGUGUUUGCAUGUUCUGAUCCAGGCCAAAAUAAACAGGAUAUUUAUUAUGUUCAAGUCAUAAUCUGCUCAGAAUAAGAUACUGAUUAUGAUUUUCAAAUUUCUUUUUUUACAAAUUAUGUGAAAAUGCGCAUUUGUUGUCGUUGACAAAUAACACUGAUGUGUCUUCAUGGAUUGAGUAGGAUUCAGUUUUUCUGUUUGUUAAAAAUUAGGAAUAUAAUCCCAGUGGGUGUUCCUCCUCUGAGCACACUGAUGGGUGUGUUUAGUUUGGUUUAAUCUCUCUGCUGCACCUGUAACCUCACCCACCUGUGACGUUACAGAGAGCAGACUCACUAUUUCAUCGCUGCUGCCACUAGAAGAUAUGUAUAGGUAUGUAGUUUUUUCACAUAACUAAACUUCAGAGCUGUUUUAACAAAGCACAGAGGAGAGAGACAGACUGCAAGGGUCAAGGGCUGCUUGACUGCUUCUGAACGCUGUCCUUCAAAGAUCCAGGAGCUGCAUUCAGAGCUUCUGAUGACGCUUGAAGGAAACAGGAGAUAUAUGCGAUACCUGUCCGUAUACACUAUGUUUCAGAUAAACAAAAGGUACUUGUGCUUGAAAAGAAUCGAGAGCGCUCUGUGAAGCCCACAACACCUCAGGGAGGCUUAGCAGCUACGUCAGGCGUCUCAGUGCCACCUAUCAUAUCAGUGAGCAGAACCUCUAUAUAUUACAACACUUCCAUAAAGCAUUGCCAUGUUCAACGGACCCAGGCUCAAACUCCAAGUCGUGACAACACUGACACUUAACUCUAGUAAAACCCCCCGAAACCCAGAACAUGAAGAUAGAUGAGCAGUAAGCGAUUGAGCAUCACUGGGAUUAUCGAGAGAGAAAAUGUAAAUUUAGUCACAAAGAAUUCAAACUCGGACCGUUUUCUUCAUAGAAUUGAGAACUUGGGCUCUAUUUUCGUGCCCGCGGACAGUGGCGGACCCCACGCAGUGGUAUUUUCAUCUGGUGGAGCCUGGCGCACAGCCAGUUUGGUCUUUUCAUAGACUGAGGCGCGCCAGGGUGCGCCAAGCUGGGCGUGGUGGCGCCAUAGGGGUUGGUGUUGACAGAAUCAGCCGGCACAGCGACCUGGUCAGCUUUCAGCACAGGCAAAGCGCAGCUGGUCUAGCGGUAUUUUGGUAGUCCGGCGGCGUAGUGCGGAAACGUCACAGAUGUCUCACAGGCAGGUUUCCACAGUGUCAGGUGCAUUUCAGUGCAAUAAAUAAUCAACAACAAUCAAUAUUCAGUGCAACUAUCUGACUCAGGACAUACUUUAGAUCCAUAUCGAUAUAUUCUGAUCUAAAUCUUUUAAUGCCACUAUUGGAAUUUGUUCAUGUUGUGAUCUGUGCACACAACCCACCUUUGUCACGUGGGGUUUAAAUAUAUGCAACUUCAUGAGAGUGUCUUUAUUUGUGAAAAGGGUGUUUGUCUUACCAGUGGGUACAACCUUAAACCCACAAAAUCCCUUUGUGCUUAUAUGAGGCAGUGUGGAGGACGCCCUCUGCAGCGUUUACAGCGACACUUGUUGAGGAGCUGCCUUCUGUCGCCAUCGUGUGGCAUUGCUGUCUUCAGACAUCUCUUGAUCUCUUUGACUACUUCAUGAAAAUUGCAAUACGCCUCUCUGGUGGCGGAUUUAAAGGUGAGGAGAGGAGCUGAUGUGAUCGGCGAAAACAGGUCUCGGCUGUGUUAAAUCCACUCCACGCCUUCUCUCCUCCCUCUCUGCUACUUACACCGCUAGGAGGAGCUGAGUUAGGGACGGGGGAUACUUAUGCUGAGCUGCGUCGCACACCAAAAUACCAAACUGUGCUUGGGCACGCCUUGUCGGUGCGGUGGACCUGACUUACACUGCGCCUGCGCCACACCGCUGGCGAGGCAUGAAAAUAGAGCCCCUUGUCUUCAUCUGUCACUGAAAUAUGCUCAGUGAGAGACUUUCCGAUCAUUGUUUUGAUGUCGCCACGGAGGUUUUAAAAGGAUUACAGCACCAGAUUAAAUGCUUAUACUGUAUCACAGUUUUCUCAACCAAACUUAAAUUAUAAUAUUUUGAUUAGCAUUUGCAAAAUCUAAGCCUGGUUUUUAACUGAAUCCUGUAAAUGCUAAUCAGAAAUCAAUGUGAUUAUGGAGGAUACAGCGUAACAUGUUCUGAGUUUUGAUUGUGGUGUUAAUAUAGAUUUUCCUUGACUGUGUUUGCUCAGAGUAGAUUAUUAAAGGCUGAUGAAAAUGACCUUCUCUCUGAACUUUUCUCUGCUGUCUAUAGACCUGUGAAACCCAUCAGACACAUUCAGUGGGCUGCAAAUACAGAGAUCUGGUCAAACAGGCUUUUAUUGAUUGAUUCUUGUAAUGUUCCCAGAAAAUAGGGAACGGUUUGAUAAAGUACUCGAAAUAAAUCAGAAGUGAUGGAUUAUCAGAGUUUCUUUGUAACAGUUCAUGUCUUACUAUAAAUUGUAGAAAUUUCUACAAAGUAGGCAGACCUCUUUUUUUUAACCCUCUGUUUAGACCCAGCCAAGGCUCUCCGAAUGCCCCCAAAAACCUACCUUCCCACUGGGAUGGAUGGUGUUGUCACUUGCCCAGCAGCGGCUCAGCCCCCGCUUCUUCGUGUGGAUUGGACCAAAGAUGGAGAGCCCCUUGACCUGUCCUUGGUAAGAAAAAAAUCCCAUUAACAUUAGUGUGGAAGUGCAAUAGCCAUGAUACUUCACCAGCUUUCAUAAGACUAAACUUCUGUCUACCACUUUGUCUGAUUAACACUUUAAAUAAUUGAUUCCUGAUCCUGCGCACAUCACAAGAGUAUGGCAGCAAAAGGCCUUUUCUGUCAGCAGAGAUGUGUCAGACACCGCUCACUGCAGGCAGGAAGCACCAGUCUCCAGCCACCUAUCAUGCAAACUCUCCUCUGACUAUCCGUCCUCUCAUCCUGCCGACUGAACAGCAGAACAAAUGUUUUUUGUGCAAUUACAGUGUGAACACUGCAGGAGACAUUAAAUGAUUUUUCCAGGUAUUUGAGAGGUACAUUUCCUCUGCCCAUCAUUGAGAAUUUCCUGUCGGGUUUUUAACCAUCAUCCAAUCACAUUCAUCUUAAUGGACGGGGAUGAUGUGCUUCAUCUUAAAAGCUUUGAAGCAAUCCCUCGGGAGCUCCUGACUGCCCCUUGCUCCUUCUCCGUCUCUCGCUCUCUCUCUCUCUCAAACUAAGAGCCCAGGAUGAGCUCACAAAGGAUCCAGCCCUUCCUCCUCCUGACCCGUCACACGCUGAGUCGACCCUCCCCCUCUACACUCUGGAGAUGGACGUGACACCGCACGCUGCAGGAAAUGCGAUAGAUUCCUGUAGUGUUCGGAAAUGUUGUUGGACUCAGGCUGUUAUUCUGCCAAUUAUUCCUAAUCUACCCUGGAUGUGACGAGCUUUCAUAGCCACUGUUGGACUUUCUCACAGCUUCAUUCUGGGGAGGAUAAUAGUGAUUUUGACUUCAUUAGAUUAAGUUAAAGCCUAUUGUGGAGUACAGGCGCAACACGAGGCUCCCACUACGACUUAAUGGAAAAAUGACUCUAAAAUACACCUGCUUUGUAGAGUCUGGAAGCACAGUUUUGUUGAGUGUUUUGGACUUUAAAGAGGAAUGAUAAGAAGUAAAUGAAAAGAAAACAAAUUUAGGACAUAAGGUUUUUUUUCAGUGAGAUGUAAUCUGACACAUCAACAAAAAUAAAGUUAGAAAAUAAUCUGCACAGCGGGGAUUUAAGGACUUAAACGCAGUGGAGGACUGUGACACAUUUCAAACAUGUUCCUGUAAAUCCCUCAAACACUCCUGAAGAGCUCAUGCAUAACUUUGCAGCAGUUUCACAUUUUCUUUCCUUUUAGCUCUCUAAGCUCUUCGCACACUUCUAACUUUUUAUUUUUUUAUGCAAUAAUGCUGUGCAUCAUUCAGGACUGAAUGUGCUAGUUUCCUUUCCUUUAAAUCUGUCAGCGCUGUGUGAGUGUUGCUGUCUUUUCUCAGUACCCAGGAUGGACCUUGACACCAGAGGGCUCUGUGUUCAUGGCAACAGUCAAUGACGAUACAGCCGGCGUGUACACAUGUACUCCGUUCAACAGCUACGGCAGCAUGGGGCCAUCUGGGCAAACCACCGUUAUUCUACAGGUUCGUUUUGAGGUUACUCGGUGGGAAAAAAAAGAAAAAGUUUCCUAUGCAUAAUGAAAAUACUCUUUGUGAGAAAAGCUUAAUUUUCUGGACCAUAAACCACAAACUGUUGGUCAGCCAUGCUAUUAAAGCCCACAAAGUACCACAUGAUCUGCCCUAGUUUUGUUUUACUAUCCAUCUACCCACUGUGCAUGUGUUUUAAUUACCCCAAACGGCAUCUGUCACAGCAAAUUAAAAACUUAACAGAAACGACAUUUUAAUGACCUUUUCACAGCAACGUGCGAGCCCUCUGGCAUUAAUGGAAGUCAACUCAGACUCCCUACAAUGGCUGCACUGUUAGGGAGUUAAUUGUGUGGCUAAUCCUUUUGUUAUUAAGAUAAUCUUGUCCAAAGCGGCAGUAAUCCAGUCUUGAAAAUCCAUUGUUGGCAAUGCUACAAUCUCCUUGAUUCAGUUCUAUUGCUCUGGCAUUUUACAGGACCCCCCAUCCUUCAGCAUCACUCCAGAGAAGCAGUACCAGCAGGAAGCUGGAAGGACUCUGCACAUCCCCUGUCAAGGGAAUGAUGACCAGAGCGUAGAAGUAACCUGGAGAAAGGUGAGUAACCCAGUAGAGCCUUUGGUGGUUGUGGUUCUGCAAAAAACGCUUUAUUUUCUAGGUUUCUGCAGAACGUACUUUUAAAACACCAGCAUGCUUUCUCAUGUGAAACAUGUAUGGGGGAAAAACAAACAUACUAUCUGGCCCACAGUUUUUUUACACAUGAACAUUCAGGGACAGACUCGGGCUGUUUGAGGAGCACCUGAAUAAAAAACAAAAAAGGGCCCCUGCAGUUUUCAACGGGGCACCAGAGAACAGACAGUAAAGAUAAACAUGGAGAAAAGGAGAUCAGGUAAACAACUUUGACAGCAGGAAGUCUGGAGGUCACAGAGUUGAAAUGAGGGGUCAUCAUCACCUUCUGAAAACAGCGUUUCUUUACACUGUAGCAAACUGACGGAUGUCAGGAACGACCGAAAACUGGUUUCCCUCUGUUUGGACCGCCCACAAGGUCCUUGAUUGGCUCUGAUUGGAUAUCCUUGCUCCUUGACGUCUGAAUCCACACGUCUCUGUGUUUGGUAAUCAGGCGCAGCUAAGAUGGCGAAAAAACGAAAAGUCGACAUAAGAGUGUGAGGACUGCAUGACCUGGAAAUGAAAAGUCCAAACAAAACUUACAGUCAUUAUUUAAUUAUGGACAUUUUAUUCUUUCAUAUUUAUUUCUAUUUAUUUAGACACAUACACACACUGAAAUCACGACCUUUGAAAUGAAAAUUUUGUCCUUGAUUUUGUGACCCAUGAUACUUGUGUUUCUUUUCUAUCAAAGACGGUAUCUAAAGGACAUUUUUAUGUUAUAUACCGGGCGAGCAUCCAGAGGACACGUCUGAUUAUCUAAACAUCUGACAUUUUCACAACCUUAGACUCAAAGUUUGGUUCAGGUGAAAAGGAGUGAGCGCACAGGUGAAGGUGAAGGAGUCUUUUGUAUUGGGAUGCUUCUACACAUCCCCCCUGUCCAGUCCCUCAUGGCAUUGUUCCACUCUGAUCUCACACUGUCAGCGUAACAGGAAGCUGAGAGAGUUCAAAUCGAGUGGGAGUGAACAGAUUUUCAUGAAUGCAUUCACACAUGGACUUGUAAAAAAUUCUUCAGCCCUUGUGUGAAAAGAGCUCUGCUUUUCACACGUCCUCUUCCUUUGAUACCUUUAUCGCUGUCCUGCUGCAUCAUUCAAAACCGGGGCACAUGGAUUAAAAAUGAGUUAUAGUAAUAAUACCUUUAUAUAUGAACACCUUUCUCAACAGCCAAGGUCACUUGACAGAUAAAAAGAGUUGUGAGUUCUGAAUAUGCUGAAAAGAAAACUGAAUCAAGACCCAUUUCUUGACGUAUCGAAUGAAUUUCUGUUUUCUUUUCACACUGAUGAAUUUUAUUAGAGAUUGUUGGGACAGGGGCAGGGCCACUAUGGUCCAUCACCUUGGCAUUAUUUUUCUGAAGAAAACCAAUCCUUCACUGAUAAAGGUGAUGACUUGACCGCAUGUUGCUCCAAAACCAUCAUGUACAUGUGCUGAUAAUAACAAGCCGGUCGGUCCCUCUCCUCCUUAGAACAGAGGAUUUAGUGUCUCUGAUUUCCAACACAAAUGUCAAAUUUUGACUUUUCAGAUGAUGGAUUUCUUCAUGUUUGUAUAUAGUGUCUAAAGUAAGUUUUAGUACAGAGUCUCAUACCGAUCUUUUGAUAUCUUCAGAUUUGCUGAAUCUCUCGCUGGUAUUAUGGACUGAAAAAUAUGAAAUUCCCAAAUUCUUUGCACUGUUAUUUUAGACAUCAUCCUUGAAGUUCUUGUCAGUGCCUCACUCCAUCCCAUCAUCUGCAUUACUUUUUCACAAUUACAGACGAGUUUCCCAAUUAACCUCUAUUGAAAAAAAACAAAAUAGAAACAACAGAGUCCACUCAGGAUUAAGCAGCACCAGAAAACAAACACAUUUUUGAAAGGUUUCAGUUUGGUUUGCAGAAGUAUCACAGCACAGGAACACCCUGCUCAAGGUGACUAAUGAUCUUUUGAUGGCAGCUGAUCACAGGAUGGUCUCAGUCCUGGUAUUUCUUUUCUUACUGCAUUCUCUUAAACCGACCCCGGCACUGAGUUCAGGCAUAGUUUUAGACUGUUUUGUAUGCAAUCCUACUAAAAGAAGGUUUUAUAUUUCUGUGAAUAACAUCAGGUCUUCAUAUUCCUCUGCUAAGUCUGGUGUGCCUCAGGAGUCAUUUCUUGGGCACAUAAUACAAAAACACGGGGCUCUAAUUUUGUGCCUCGCUGGCAGCUUGGUGCAGGCAAGUCAGGUCCACUGCACAGAUGGGACUCCCUAUCUCAGCUCCUCCCAGUGGUGAAAGUCAGAAGGAGAGAAGGGAGAAGGGAUGGAGUGUGUGUUUAACUCAGUCAAAUUUAUCAACAACAAAUCAAUCAACACGUGAGGUGUUAAGCCCUGCAGAGAAUUUUGCGUCCUCCACACAAAUUUCAUAUCUUGUUAGCUCCAUCAUGUGUGACUAUUUAUUGGAUAUUUACUGUGGAUGACUAAUGAUCGUCCUCACAGUUUGUGUUCAUUUGGUAAAGUUAACUAUCCAUUAUGUGCCUAAGGUGCUUGCUAAUCAGAUAAGAUAAAAGUCAGAAUAUAGUGAUAUAGAUCUAAAUGUAUGUGCUGACUCCGAUAGUUACACUGAAUAUUGGUUGUUGUUGUUGAUCAUUUAUUGCACUGAAAUGUGCCUGACACUAGGAAUUUACCAAAUUGGCUGCGCUGCACUCAAUGACCACCCACCUUUUGGGGAUGAUAUUAGAGCCCAUGUUGUUUUCUUUCAUUUUUACCCUGAUGAUACUCGAAUCUACCCAUCGUUGGUGAAGAGCUAAGCUGCCAGGUUUUAAACAUAUUACGCCUUUUUUAGCGUUUUUACGUUGGCUGCCUGUACAUUUUAGGAUUAAUUUUAAAAUUUCAUUUAUUAGUUUUAAAGCUCUCGAUGGUCUCUGUCCAGGUUUUAUCACCAACCUUUUAAAGCCCUACACUCCAACACAUACUUGAUGGUCCUCAGGCAGGAGCUUUCUAACCGUUUCAGACACUCUGCUGAAAACAAAAGGUGACAGAGUGUUUUCACUCCGGGCUCCUGAGAUCUGAGAUGGUUCGCCUGAGGAUAUAAGGUCGGCUUACUCAGCGCCCUUUUUUAAGUCGCUUCUAAGAACUCACUUUUAUUUGAGAGCGUUUCCUGAUUUUACUGUAACUGGUUUUAUGAUCUGAGUGGGUUGAUCCCUAUAAACAAAUAUCUGUUAAUUUGCAUUUAUCCGUUUCCUGUCUUGUAAAGCACUUUGUAAUUUAAAAGUGCUCUAAAAAUAAAGAUUAUUUAUUUAUUUCAUUAAGACUCUUUCUCACUGAGAUGCUGUUUUUGGUCACCUGUUGCGAGCAAGUAUGUUGCUGCCAUUAAAUUAGAAAUGGGCUUUAAAUUAUUAAUUUUAAAUAUUAGUCUCAACAUUUGAUCAGCAGUAAUUUUGAGGAGGUGAGGUCGAAUUGAUUCUGCUCUGUUCCUAAACCAUCGAAGGUUGUUUGGAUGUGUGUUCUGGGCCUCCAUGCUUCUAUUAAUCCACCUGUUUACUCCAUUUUACAGCACUUCAGGAAAAUAAAGACUGCAUGUGUUGUUUUAUUGUAAUUCAGCUGUUUUUAUUUGAACAAUGCACAAUAACCUCACUGUUGCUGCUGCCAUAGAGUGCUGGAAACUCUCCGUUCUCCACUUCUGCAGAGCAGCACAUGAUGAUUAACAAACUUUUCACCAAUUGAGACAAAUCCCUCAGUGUCUUUCCAUCAUGGAGACUAAACGAGCAUUUGAUUUGGAGGUCUGCACUCUAAAGAGCAACUUUUAACACCUUUAGAACCGAGAAGCCAUCCUUCCUAAUUAAAAUAAUGCAUUCACAUUCAGACACACGGACCUGGGACCAGAACCAUUUGCCAGAAUCAAUAAUAUAACAAAGUGAUUGUGCAUACUGUAUAAUUUAUUAACAUAGAUUCAGAGGUAAGGGACUCUUUAACCUCAUCCAUUAUUUUAUUUAAAAAUCCAAUCUGCUGGAGUAGUGAGCCCAAAAGAGCCAAAAAUACAUCAAUGUCCACAGACUCUGUGACUGAACUGAGCUGCACACUGACCCAGAUCUACACUGUAAUACUUUCUCAGAUUUACCCUCAUACCAACGAACAGGAUCAAACCAAAACAGUUUCAUUUCUCAUCAUUUUGGUAUUUGAUCUGUUUAUGAAUGUUUGUUGAAGGUCAUCAAAAGGUCAAAUUAAGGCUAACACAUGGUCGUUAUCUUUUAAUCAGUGAUAUUGACAUUAUAAAUUUCAGCAGAUAGACCUGUGACACAGCAGAGAUUGUUUUUGUGGGUUUAUGGAUGAUGAAUUAGAAAAAAACAAAAACACAAACAUCUCAUUUUGCUUCCUUUCAUAGUUUCAGCAUUCAUUUAUUUUUGACCUAAAAUGCCAAAGUUAUAACUUUGAAACUAGAAAUGAUCUGCAUUGGUAAUUAUUUCAAAUGAGCUCUUGAUGCUGAUGAUAAAGAUGACUAAAGUACAGUACGUCUACAGAUACUGUAGGCAGCCUCAUUAGUGUUAAUAUCUCCUCACAAAAAGACAUUUUCCAACAGAUCAAAUCUAUCAGUCACUAGAACAAGGAAACACAGAAUAUUCAGGAUAUACCUGGUCUUUCAAACAUUGUAUUUUUCUGUUUCAUGGAGUUAUUCAAAACUUAUCUGUUCAUGGUUCCGGCUGAAAUAAACAUGUACAGUCUAUGAAGUUUUAACAUCCAUGAAAUUAGUGGACGUUAUCAUAAAACUGUUUUAUUUCACUCAGAAUAAAAAAGUAAAAUGUGAUGUCAGUGUCAGCUGAUAAACUGUUAAACUUCUAUUUGCUGAUAUCUGCUGUUGAAAACAAUAUCAGUGAAUCACGAGCAGCAACUUUAUUCUUGGAUUUCCAGUUUCCAAGAGGUGGUAGUAAUAAGGGAUCCUGAACAUCCUGAUGGGAGGGUCUGGCUCUGGCUCAAAGAUUUAGAUCAGUGAUUUAGUCAUUGUAUUCUGACUGAUGCAGGGUGUUGUUUUCCUGUUGUGAAUGAUCUCUGUUCACCUCUCGGUAGGUCGACUUGGCUCGCCGGAUAUCCUACUCUGUAGAGUCUGACGGCUCUUUGCUCCUGAAGCCUCUUUCAAAGGACCAUCAGGGAUGGUGGGAGUGCACUGCUGCUAACCGAGUCGCCUCUGUGAAAGCCAGUACCCAGGUCUUUGUUCUUGGUGAGUGCAAUCAUCACCGAACGAACAAACGUUCCUGUUCGAUCAGAGCAGAAGUUUUAAAUAAACGUUGUUUUCUGUACACCUGUUUAAACCCAGUACGGGACAGAUUCCUGUGCCUCCGUCCCACCUCCAACAGAUACAUGUGGUCUAUCUGGAGAUGGCCUCUAAACUUGAGCAGAUUUAGGCGGUUGAAGUGCAGGCUGAUUUCCACCAACUCUUCUCCUCUCCCUCCAUCACAGGAACGAGUCCCCAUGCAGCUACCUCUCUGUCAGUCUCUCCAGGGGUGAAGCAGGCCAACAUAUCCUGGGAGGCAGGCUUUGAUGGAGGAUCAGCACAGACAUUUUCAGUUUGGUGGGUGUAAAGCCUCCCACUUUCUUCUUGGGCUGUAACCAUGGCAGCCAUCGACAGCGCUGGUAUUACUCUAUUGAUCUUGAGGAUGAGGAAUUCAUUUAUGUGUUAUCACUUCUUGGCAGCUACAAUAAAAAAUGCUGGUGCAGAGCAUAGCUGUGUAUCACAGUGGCCAUGCUGGCUACAAUGGGAGGUGACCAACAAAAUACGGAGUCAUGCAUCUGUUUGUGGUGACUCAGCGCUUCUGUAUCAGCUUACAGAUCACAGAUGAAGGUCUUGUGUUCACAGGAGGGUUACGUGUUUUAAAUAUGUCUCUGUUUUAUGAAAAGAAAAGGAUGAACAGGGUGAAAGAGAUUAAAAAAAAGCUGCAGCCUGAUAUGACUCAACAAUUCUGUUUGGAGUUUGCUCUCUUCAAAACACAGCGGGCAGACAGCCUGCGUACCCGUGUCACAGUGUUCUGCAUUAUGGUUUUAAAAGGAGGUCAUUUCAGUUCUCUUGAGUCAAAGUAUUUGAAAACCAUACUUAUUUUUUGUCUGUUUUUUUGUGUGUGUCUAAGAAUGUAAGUGACGAUAACACAGAGCUUCUCUUAAUGCUCAUCUUAAUCACAUUGUAACCCGCGAGCACUACAUCAGAUGAAGAUGAGAUGAGUUAUCGUAAUCCUCGAGAGGGAUCUGGGUCAACGCUGCAUCAAAGACCAGCGUAGAAAUAAACAAGUCACAUUAGAAAUCUUCAAAUAGAUCUGCCAGUCAUCAGACAAAACUACUUCUACAUGUCGUCUCCUGUGAGCCGCUGACUUGACCUUCUGAGCUGUUUUUUAUAUUAAGAUGUAAAAUGUUUGCAUAGAAAAUCAAUCUAGUUAAGUGAAUGUGCCGUCUGCUGAGUGCCCUCUUAAUGAGAAAUGAUGUUUGACAGUUAGAAAACUCAUUCUCAGAUAUUUCACUGUGAACGACUGAAAAAUCUACCUCCAUGUAGGUACUUUGCUCUUACAUUGCACUAAAACAAAACAGCUUUCCUUGUGCAGCAUAUUUCCGGUUAAUUCACUCUGCACUCAAGUGUGCAUAAUUACCUCCUUCUCAUUAAUGAGAUUUAUAGAAAGUCUUUUUUCCCAUUUUCUCAUAAAAGAAGAUUUCUGUCCAGUUAGGGCUCCUUCUUCAAGAAUGAAAACCUGAAGUUCAGACAGACAUUAAUAAUUUUCAAAAGCUCCUGCAGUUUUGAAUAGGUGAAUAAGUGUACGGGUUUCCUCGCCCGGGGUCAAGUAAUUUGCUCUGUAUGAGAUAGAUGUGUAGAAACCUCAGCUCUGAUACGAACAUGAAAAUCCCCAUAAUUGGAGUGGCAAGCACUCUGUGCAAUUUCAGGAAUCCAUCAGUGCCACAAAAUCUGCAGCUGAUGAAUAUAAAUGAUUGAUGAAACCUACUUUUCUGUCAUGUUUCAUAAAACCAGACUCACAGAAUUUCAGACGCUCCUUUGUUCUCAAUUAUUCUCUCUCUCUCUCUCUCUCUCUGCAGGGUAAAAAAGAUCUCAGGACUCAGUAAUGAAGGGAAGCAGGAAUGGUUUUCGGUGCCUGUUCCCCCCUCCUCUGGAACCAGGCUAAAGGUGACAGGCUUGUCUCCCGCCACCGACUACCAGUUCAGCAUCCUGUCUCAGAACAGAAACGGCUCAGGACCCUUCAGUGAAAUUGUCACUGCAAGGACACUGGGUCAGUACCAAACACGAUCCCUUUUUAAUCGGCUGCUUUUCUCUGUUUUGGUUGUUGUUGCAGAUUUUUCACUUUUUAUACCUGAACUAGUGGUAAAAAUCAACAAAACCUUCAACCUAAAGUUACGUAUUGCUCAAAAAGAUCUUAUUUAUGGGGGAAAAAAACAUUGCGGCUUUCUGCCAAAUAAGGGAAAAAGGUGGAAAAAGUCAGGCGAUUGAUUACUAAUUAGGGUCUACUAAGAGCCGAGGGGCCUGUCAUACACUCAGCACAAAGCAUCUUGGCAUGCAGCGCAAGUGUCACUGUUAUUUUCCAUCCAGCGCAUUCAUCACUUCACCACUUAGCACCCUUGUUGUGUAAAUACGCUCUGAAUGUGUGCCCAGGUUUGCGCCCAUGGACAUGUUAGUCUUAAAAUGAGGCGUCAGAGGCAAAGGUGCUGAGUUGUUAUCUUGAGGGGGCAUGCGUCGCCUCAGAGCAGCGAUGCGGCACUUUCCUGAUAUUUCGAGGGCUCAUUAGUGAGAUAGUCAGAUGGGCAAAUACAGAGAUGCACAUUUGUGCUCCACCUCAUGAUGAAUGUCAUCAGAGUCUGUCUGAUACUGUCGGCGUGUUCUGAGUUUUAAAGUAAUGAAGUGAUGCUGCUGUGCCUGGUGUGUGAAUGUACACAUACCUGUUAAUUUGGGAUUUAAUCAUCAAACCAUGAUUCAACUUUAUUUUUUAGGUGAUCUGUUUGUCUUCUUGUACAUAUUUGGAGUCCAAUAGAAGGAGAGAAGUUCAUGGUGCCAGCUGUACAUCGGAUUGUAACAUUAUUUAUUAUUUAAAGGGGACCUGCCAUAAUUUUGUGUGUUUUUUGUGUCAGAUAAGGGCCAUAUUAUGUUCGUCUUAUGUUGUAAAUGUGAAAACAAACCGUUAAGUCGUUUGCAUUCUGUAAAGGUUUAAAAUAAAGGAACGAGUAAACCAGGCCGAUUGAAAAAGCAGGUCGGUGUUACGUUGCGUUGACGUUGCUCAUUAUUAUUCACGAGCGCGUCCUCGGUGAGCCGCGCCCACUCUCUCGUUCUCGUACUCAGUCACAGCCAGAGCGAGACCCAGCUACCGCUGUAUCCGCUAUGGGUCUCUUCCAAACGACCGGUGUUUCCUUCGGUUCACUGCCGGGAAAAUGAACUUAAAGCCGGGCAGAAUGAAUGAGAAAACACCGCUGGAGAUCUCCGGCUUCUUCCUCAACUUCCACCUCCUCUUCGGACUCGGGGUCUAAAAUAUAUGGUUUAAUACCUGCCGUUUUUAGCCUUUAGCAUAAGGUGACCAGACGUCCCCGAUUUCCGCGGACAGUCCCCGUAUUGGAUGAUCUGUCCCCGGCAAAAACUGUCCCCGAAAAUGUCCCCGAUUUAAGCGUUUCAUGAAUGAGAGCGAAAAUGUUGCGUGUGGGCUCGAACAACGGUUAUUACAGUAGCCGAAUAGGUAGGAAGCACAGGUUAGCAGUCCUGAACAACAGUUCUUACGGGUUUAUUACAAGGGGCAUGCGCUGCUACUAAAUAGUACCGAGACUUUGUCUAUGAUCACACAGCCCCUGCACCGCCGCAGCCGCCGCACCGAAUAUCCCCGAAUAUCAUUACAGACAUCUGGGCACCUAACUGUAGCACACAUUAGCAUAUGCUAUUAGCAUUAGCAUAAUAACAAUGGAUGAACCGAACUCCGAACCUCCACUGCUGAGCCAAUCAGAGCACAGCAGGCUUCACAGCAGCGAUCCAAUCAGAGCAAAGCUCAUUACCAUAAAUGUUAAUGAGCCAAAACCAGUUGGUUUUCCUGUAAGGUUUUUUAAGCAUACUAAAACAAACCAUCAAAUAACUUCUCAGCUAAAAUUAUGUUGCAAACAUGAUCAGGGGACAUCAAGGAUUAUGAAAAAAUGAUCAAAAUGGGGAUGAAAUUUUGGUGGCAGGUCCCCUUUAAGAUCCUGCAGCACAGUUUGGGUCUUGGAAAUAUUCUGGUUACCACCUAAUGUUUUAUUGAACCAUUGCUAUAUGCAGUCAGACAGUUCAUGUGGGGACUAAAGGAGGUUAAACACAUAAGCCAUGAUACAAUCCCUGACCCCAUCAGCUUACAUCCGACAACUCCUUUGCUUUUAUUAAUCUCUCUAUUUAGACAUCUGAAGGUGCAGCAAAAAUCCGCUCUUGGAUGUUGUCUCUACAUAAGGAUGCUUUGACUGUCCUGAAGGAUUGGUCAGUGGGUUCAGAGAAAGGUAGUCAGCCUAAACUAGCAGAUUUUUAGGGGUUAAGAUUUUAGCCACCUGAAAACCAGAGCAGGAAGACUCAACAAGCCUCUUUGCUCGGGUUGUUUCUCUCCUCGCUCUUUUUGUUUUCAUCAAUGAAGAGCGUAAAAAAACAUUCAGCUGGCAGGCUUUCAUUGUAAGCCGGUUCUGUCCGUCACAUCUUGAAAAGGGAAAUGCUGGCAGCUUUGAGAUCAUAUCAACUGGAGCUAAUUAAAGUUAGCUCCAGUUGAUAUGAACGACUUUCCCAAAGGCCAAAGUGAAAUUCAGCUGCAGUGGAGUUGGAUUGUGAGCUACAUGCUGAUGUCUGUCAGCCAGAGACUGUGAGGACAUAAAUUCUGCAUCAUCACUUUAUUAACCCGAUCAGGUUUUACUCCUCACCUCAGAUAUCUGAUCAAUACUUUAGGUCUCUGUACAGUACCUGAUCGACUGGUCCCACACGACUCCAAACACAGACAAAGGUAGUCGAUCACUGAGAUCUGAGCAGACUGUUUUCAUCUGUUCAGCAGCUGUAAAUUAUGACGGAUUUUGAGUGUUUUCAAACCUAAAGGCAGAGAGAAUCCCUCAGAAGUUAUAAAAAACUAUGAAUGCCUCCUUUCUAUUUUACCAUUCACCCUCUAACCUUAACUACUACUACUGAAUAGAAACAAAAAGGGUCAAAUGCUAUUUAAAUGAAGUUAUGGAUCAGUCGCAGUUUACAUUUAGAUAAUAAAUGUGUCCCUAGAAACGGCUCAAGCCUCAACUUUAUGGACUCAUUAGCAGAGGUUGUGCACACAUAUCGGAGGUGGUAUGCAUGCUAGCUGUUUGCAUCAGUGUUGCUAAUGUGAGGUUUAGCUAGGUGCAUCUUUACUUACUUUUAGUUGUAUUCAUUCAUAUUCAUGUAGUUGGAUUCAUCAGAUAUUUAUAUUUGCAAACUCAACACUCAGAUGUUGUUUUCACACAUCGUGCCGCUCCUCUCCUCCUCUUCUUGGCUAGUCCAGUACAGUGUUUUUAUGUAAGUCAAGCGGUUUGCUCUAGCCUACAGCAGGCCAGGUCGGCGGAUGACUCAGUCUUUGGAAGAGAUGCGGAUUUAAUGUGAUGUUGCCCCCGGAAACAUCUUAUCGUUUACAGCGGUGGGUAGUCAUCCUGGAGACAUCUCAGAGAGAUUACAGAAACAUCUUUGAAGAUACAACCUGCAACUGGAUAAGAAGUGGGCCUGUAGAUUUUGUUUUUGCCAUCGGUCUGUGUUUGAAGCAGAGUGACGGAAAAGUCAUUGACUAAUCCUGUUAAUUUUCAUGGUGAGAAACUCCGAUUAAAAAAAAAACAGCUUCAGUUUUACCUCUCCAGAGAAGUAAACGAGUAAAGGCAUUUUGCACCCCUUCACCACCAGGGAUACUUGCUCAUGAACAGGGUGCUGAUAACAAGCCUGCUGGUCCCUCCUCUCUGCAGUGUCCAGGAUUUCCAAGGAGAAUGUCAAAUGUUGUGUCAUCAGACUGCAGGAAAGAUUUCCACUUUGUCCCAGUCCAUCUAAUCUAAGUCUCUCUAACAUUUCAUAGUCUUGUGACUAACCUAUUGCAAAUAAAUGUAAUUGAUUGAAAGAUGUUCCUUCAAGCUUUUUUUCUUUUCUUUUUUGUAUUUCACAACUUUUCUGUGAACUUUUCUGAAACAUGUUCCCAUCAUCAUAUUUAAAAUGUUUCAUAUAUCUUACAUGAAACAGUCACACUUUCCAGUUCCAGCGUUUAAUUGUUUUUUGUUGUGGUGACUUAAAAUCUGCUUUAUCAACCUUUUACACAGCACACUCACUCCUAUAGACUGGUGUUGUAUGCUUUUGUAGUCGGCAGCAGUAAGAACUGCUAAACUUUCCCCUCAUACUCUCAAGGUUGAACAUCCGUGGCAGUUGCAAUUUCCUGCGCUGUAAUUUAAUUUUUCCGCUAGAGUGUGUCUAGUGGAUCGACUCAAGGUCUUUUCUAUUCCCUCUAAUACAGAUCCUCCGCUGAGGAGAAGUAAACCGAAGCCCCCUGUGUCACUGUCAGCUGAUCAGGGCUCAGCAGGUGUCUUACUGCACUGGUCCCUUUCCGAGGCUCAGAAUCCGCCUAUCACAGGCUUUGUUCUCCAGUCCCGCACCGAACAAGGGGAGUGGUUUAAUUUGGAUGAGGACAUCAGUGCCAACAGUAGCGUGAUAGUCGUUCCAGGUCUGCACAAGGUAACAAGCGAGUCACACUGCUCCCUCUGAGACUAAUCAGUCCACACCGCUUGUUGAAUGCCUUAGAGAUUUUUAUCUAGGCUGCACCUCAGUGAUUUUACUUUUGCAGACUCUCAAUUAUGCACACCACAUGACUUUUCUUCCGUCUUUCAAUCUGUGUGCUCUGCCCUGUCUUCCCCAUCCUUCGUCUGCUCUCCUGUAUAGGCCUACACAAAUUCAAAUCAACUUCAUUAGCAUUGCGGGCACAGUCCCGUGUUGACAAAGUGUGGUUUCAUCCUCUGUCCUCCCCGCUGUGUGUGUUUGUGUGUGUGUGUGGAUGCUUGUCCCAGGACUGUGUGUACGAGUUGCGGCUGCUAUCUCGACGCGGGGAGUUGCUGAGCGAGCCCAGUCCAUCAGUCAAUGUCUCCACUGUGGGUAGGUGUUUCGAGAACAACCUCGCCCCCUUUUGCAUUCUCACCCCACUCUCUGUUACAACCCGUCCUCCUCCAUCUCUUUUUUGUUUUUUUUCCCCAACUCUUUUCUUUCUCUAUUCCUUCUCACUCUCAGCGUCAGACUGAAAUUAGAGCAGAGCCCAGGGGAACACUGUCCAUUAGAAGUCUGAGUGAUAGAAAUAGCUCCACUAAUAACUUCACACCAAAGUUAGUGAUAGAAUUUGUAUCAGUCUCUCUUGAUUCUGAUGUAAAUGGGAUAUGAAUCUUUCAUUAGAUAUGGUACAGAUACUUCAAACGGAUGGAUCUUUAACCCUAAAUGGAGGAUUGUGUUUUGUACAAUAUAGCUCAGCUGAUAACAUCACAUUAAAUGUCUGACUGAGUAAAUUAUGCAAAACAAUCAAGUUUAUGAUCCACUGAAAAUGAUCAUCAGGGACGCUGGUUGGGGAUUAGGUCCACUUCAAACCGCUUAUUCAAAAUCUCUUAGCAAUCUGAUAUUAUGUUUAUGAGUUUCUCUAGUGGUGCUGUGGAUGAGUUACAUUCAUUUGUGUUAGCAGUUUGAAAUGUGUUUAUAAUAGAGAUUAGCAGCUGAUGACUGGAUAAGCUGCAUUAUUGAUCAUAAAUAAAGGCCUUUAGGGGUUAAUUCUCUGGAUUUUUAUUAUUGAGAAGACAGUAGACGGGGUAGGAAACUAGAGCGGAGAGAGAGCGACGGGAGGAAAUAUGUUGGCAACCUGCUUCAAGGACAUAUUGUUAAAAAUAUAUAUUAUUAAUAUUAAGCGAUGUACAGACGGAUUGAAAUGCUCUGUUUCUCACCUCUUCUGUUGCUGAAAGGACAAGAAGCUCCCCUUACGUCUCCCGAUGGUGUUAUGUCAUCAGUGUGAUCCUAUAUUUUUUACCAUCUGAAAAGUCUUUUAAUACAAAGAUUGUAACACACAUCGACCACUCUUAGUGUCCUUUUUGCCUUUCAAUCAGUGCAUUUCACACAAUCAAUCACUAAAGGUCCGUACACACCGGGGCCGACACAGUUCUGAUUAGACACUAGUGUUGAGAUGACUUUCUGUCAUGAUAGCAUGUACUGAGUCGGGGUCAGUACCAGAUAAGCACAUGAAACUAUGGUAACAGCCGCUAGCUUAUGUUAGCACAGAUGAAAGUUAAAACAAAGACGUUUAUUAAACUGUUAAAGCACACAAAUCAUCGUCAUAUGAGAAAUCCGACACUAUGACUCUCCACAAGUCGUCCUUCAGGUCGUUAUCUUUGUAACAUUUGUGUUUUUUAUCAAAAAUCACUCUGUUCUCCGACACGUAAACAAUCAGCUGGUCGGCCAUGUUGGAUAUACCAGUGAAUAUGACUUUGCAACAACAUGAAAUCUGAUUGGUCAGCAGUGGACACACAGUCUGCAAAACUUAAGAAAAAUCCACCAUGACCCGAAAAAAUGAAUGCUGCAAUAUCGCAGGACGAGAAACGUCGCUGAUGUGAACGCUUGUAUUGACAGGAUACGGGCUCGAAAAAAAAAAAAUGAUGUCCGAAAUAAUCGCACGACAAAAACAGUCCUGGUGUGAAAGGACCUUAACACUGCACAUGUCUAGUUUGUCCAUUCAGCAUUAGAAACACGGUGGCCUCCAUGAAGGAGGACCCACUCUCAUUUAGAAAUAAAUGUUGACUGUAUACUAAUAUACUAAUGUUAAUGUACUUUAGAUCAACUCUUUUCCUGCUUCUUCAGUUCAGCUGUUGUUUUUAUACCCUUUGUUAAAACUGUGAUUAUCAUUAACAACAUGAUUUCCCUCUGAAAUAAUCUCACAGGGAUGGAGAUUUACCCCGCCUCAUCUCGCCUCCUGGAGUUCGUCCCUGAACCAUUAUUAGCCGGCCUGCUGGGAGGGCUGGGGUUCAUGUGCCUGGCGCUGGUCUUGCUGCUGGGGUCUGCCUGUAUCAUUAGCUACAAGAGGGACGUGCGUCGCAGGAAGAAGGAUGGUAAAACGCCCCUCACUCCAGAGACACAGCAGCAGACACUCACUUUGAUGAACUGCAUCAUGAAUAUCAUCAUUUAUUCAAUAAAAUAUUGAAGGCACUCUCCAUCCAUUAUAUAAAUCAAAGCCCACUGCAUGGAUCUGGCGCUCCUCUUGUAGCCAUGUCCGUCCGUUCAGUUGUAAAAGUUAUUGAUGUCAUUUACAUUACUUGCUAAUUAGGGUAAUUUCUCAUUAGUGGCUGAUAAAUGUAAGUGUAAUUAACUUUUUGGACAAGGCUGGUCGCCUCGGGCCCUUAAAUGGCGUCUUAUUAGAGUUGAUUAUGAUUUUACUUCUUGGUCAGUGGUUGUAUCCUAAUGAGUCAGAUACCAUCUUGCCCCUCUCCCCUUUGUUUCAGAGCCCCCUCCUGCCAUCUAUAAACGCUCCCCAUCAGUGUAAGUACCCCUCUAUCAUUUCAGCUAAUGUCCCUCUCAUUGACCUUUACCGCUGCUUUCCACACUAACUGGAAUACACUGAAAAUGCCAACAUUGUGGUUAUUUUCGAUCACGUAUCCUCAUCCUCUGCCUCAUCUUCAUCUAUUGCUGCCGACGCUGUUUUUGGUCUCUUUCUGUCUGCAAUCUUCCCGCCCCCACUUUUACUCUUACUCAAUCUUAUUUUCUUGGUCAUAUUUUCACUCCCUCUUACACCUCCGGUUUUUCUUACAAUUUUCUUCUUUCUCCCCCUCCUCCCCCGCUCUCUCUCUCCCUCUCUCUCCCUCACACACACUCGCAGUAAGACUUCAAGCACCGGCAGUCCAGACAGUGUGUUAAAGAAAAGCUUACUCGGAGCCAGCAUCCUCUAUCCCACCACUUCCUCUACCACCACAACCACCUCCUCCUCGCAGACCGACUGUUCCUCCUUUAGCUCUGAGAAUUAUCAACGACGGAAGCACCUCCUGUCCAACUACAGCAGAGGUCGCCUCAUGAGGACAACUUCCGUCCCAACCUCUUCUUCGAUUGAGUUGAUCUCAAGAGGUCCUGAUGGGCGAUUUGUGCUCCCAGAAUAUGACAUGCUGAGUGUAAACAGCAAGGAAAACGAGAGAUACGGCCAACCAGCAAGAGUCAAAAGAUCUGUGUCACUGCACGCUAAGAGGGAGGACAGGAAUGAGCCUCCGUUUGUCCUCUCCGUUGAUCUCCCGCCUUGCAAACCAGCAGCGUCUAAUACAACGAGCCAAAUAUGUGGCAUGGCCAGGCCUCUCUCUCAUCAUGGCCUCUAUAACUUGGAUCAGAAGUCAAGCUACGAUGGCUUUCCUGAGCUCGGCAGCAUGUGCUCCAACAGUAGCUUGGCAACGCUUCCUCAGCAAGCCAGAGUGUUCACUCCGACAUUUCCAGUGCUCCCACAUAUUCGAUCCAGCAUCGGUCAGCCAUCUACGACCGCCAGCGCUCUUGUUCUCCAAAUGGAGCAUGAACGGGAGAGGGGGAACCUUAGUCACUGCCUGAAACUGGCCCAAGAGAGGGAGAGGCUGGAAAUGGAGCUCCGGAGGUACACACUGGAGAGGAGCUCUUUGAGAGAAUUCAGGAGGGAGCAGGAGGAGAGGAGAGACGCUGAUGCUUAUGAUCAUGUGUGGAAAUAUAAGAGCAGCACGUUACCCCACAGAUUACCUGAAGGCAGAAAGGAGAGCUUUGGUUUGCCUCAGAGCCCUUUCUCUUUGUCAUCUGUGAACUGGGAUGUUUUGCCUUCCACUCUGAUUCCUACUGGAACCAAUUCCAAUCCGUCUUCACCUCCCAGUUCCUCUUGUUUUCAGUCUAACAACCACUUUCCUGCCCCAACAUUCACCCAACAGACCGCCCCUCAAUUUGGGGAUGUGGGCAGCCUUCCCAAGGACCAAUUAACCCUCCCACAUCUGUCCUCAAAGCACCAGGGACAUGAAAGGGUACAGGCAGCACCAGAGGGCUAUGAUAAUUCACCACAAUCAACCCAAUUAGAAACGCAAACAUAUGAUUCAUUCUCUGCGGCACAGACACAGAACAAUCUUAGUCGUGGCAGUCUCUCAACGUUGUCCUUCCAUAGCAAUAAUUUCACAGGAAGAUUUAAUUCAAAUCUCGACGCAGUGCCAGGCUCCUCAGAAGUGGAGGUAUUCCAAGAGCCCACUCAUGAACACGUGUGCAUUGAGAUGAGUGUAGAUGAGCCAGAGUUAGACGCAUGCAUAAUGGAACCGAUGAAGCCUAUGCUUCACCAGAGGAUUGCCUCUCAUGUGCAACAGGGGCACUCACUCUCCCCCAGAGGGCGCUUUGAAGACAUGAGUAGGAAUUCAAGCUUAAAACGCCUUAGCCCCGCUCCCAGUAGCGCUCCCGGUUCACCCCAACCUCUGGGGCCAAGCCUUUGUCAAAAUGUGACCCCCGGUCCGAAGAUUUGGGACUCCAAGAGGCGAAGUCGCAGCCUUGACUCAAGAAGAAGAAGGAAAGAAAGUGAUUUCUUGACCCCUGAUGCAUGGAUAGAGUCUCUAAGCCAGGAGAACUGCUCUGUUGCUUCUUCCUCCCCUCCACACUCUGUAUUUUUGGAACCCUUGAGCUCUCCAGCCAAGAGGACCUCCAAAUCUCCUGCAAGUUUUCCUUCUGCUACCCAAUCUGCCUCCCGUUUACCUCCUGCUGAGGAUGCUCGAUCUCCGAGGCCCAGUUCAAAUCUCAAUGUGCCUUGUAACCAUGAGCCAAGGAGAGAGGCGUCCAUCUUUCCUGAAGCUACCAAAUGGACAGCCCCCUAUCAGGAAACCAUUAAACAGGCUAGGGGUCCUUUAGAGGUCCUGAAACAUGCCUCUGCGCACCUUCCACUGGACAACAACGACCAAGAGGCACUUGAACUCGAGACCGGAGGCUUUGACGGCGUGCCAGAGUCGGGGAGCAACUACAGCAGCUAUGCCAGCAGCGGUCGGGGAAGUAUGGAGCCAGCUAAUGGACGUUUAUCCCUGAGUCAACUUUCCCCAACUCUCAGCGGCUCACCUGAGACUGUAGAGGAGAGCCAGGGCAGCACAGAGGACAAACACAUUCUGGAGGUGGAACAAAGCCAAAGGUAGGGGAGAGAUUUUGGUUCAAACAGUGGAUAUUUUACUCAGUGCUGUAUUCUUUGAAGAAACUGAAUCCAAUUGCUCAUCAAUACUGUAGAAAUACAUUGUGAGCAAUUUUGCACAGUAUACAAAGCAAUUAAUCUGUUUGAGAAGCUCAGCAAACAUGGGUAAACCCGUUUAAAGCAGCAGAUGUUUCACAAAUAUCAGGAUUACUUUGAAUUGUAGAUAAACAUGUACUUCUCACAUGAAAUCCCUCAAAGCAAAAUAUCAUGUCAAUAGACUAUUAGAAUAAACAAAUAUGACCGCAGUAUUAUAUUCAGCAUGUUAAAGCCUCUGUGAGAAGAGCCUCUUUUGGACUGGAUGGUUUAUUCUGAGCACUUUUAUCAUUGUUGACACUGAGAAGUGUAUACAUGUCGGCAUUAUGUAUUCAAACUGUUUUUGAGACUAAGUGCUGCGUUGUGACCUCUCCAGGAGAAAGGCCUCAGUUGAUGAGAAUUAUGAGUGGGAUGCUGCUGAUUUCUGCUCACAGCCUGGAGACCGGGAUGGUAAGGGUUUUUCAUUUUUCACUAACAAUAUGCAGAAAACUGAGAAGACUUGUGUGUUUAGAAUCAACCGAUGCCAAAUAAUACAGAGACACUAAAGCAUGGAUGUUAGAAACAGGGAAAACAUUUAUUGGGGUGAUGGGAGGACAGAAGAUAGUCUUAGCUGCUUUGAGAUGUUUUGGUUAGUUUAAUAAAGGUGGAAAAAAUUGGUUUGUUCUCUCUGUGAGAAACUCCAAAAGUCAGUUACAACAUUAGACUGGUAGUGUUGUCGUACUCAUGUCCAGGACUUAGACUCCGGUCUGACUGGAGUCCUGAUUCUUUAGGACUCGUGACUCAACUUGGGCUUGAGUACUGAUGACUUAGUCUUGGAUAUGGCCUUGAGUAUUCAGAGCUUUUUGACUCAGAAAGUGGAGAGGAGGCCUUGGACUUAUUCACUGAUAAAGAUGGUUUCAUAGUUUGGUUAGUUUUUGUGAAAGAUACUGGACUGUUGAGAAUGUUAGUCAUCUAGCAAGCUGCAAACAAAUGUUAACUCGUAGGAUGGGUCGACGACGAAAGACCUUUGGGCACUUACCGUUUUAGCUGAGAGGGGUUCGAUUGCAAACAUGAUAAACAGGAUAAUAAUAAUAAUAAUAAUAAUAAUAAUAAUAAUAAUAAUAAUAAUAAUAAUAAUAAUAAUAAUUCAUUUUAUUUAUAAAGCGCUUUUCAAAAACACAAAGACGCUGUACAGAGUUAAGCAAUAACAAUAAAACACACAUCAAUAAGCAAUAAAAUUUAUGACAAUAUCAAUAAAAACAUGUAGAAUCAGUCAGGAUCAGUCACAAUUUCAUGUUAAUACCCUAAAUGUAAUUUUUCCAACACAGAAAACAUGGAAGUGGUCUCUUUGACACCUGGUACAGUAAUUUAAAGCCAUCUGAUGGACAGGCGUCACAUUGAAAAUGCUGUGUCAGCCGAACUGUCAAUCAACCUGAAAACAGACCAAGUGGUGGAGCAAAGGCUGGCUUUUAACUUCCUGAAAAUAAACCUAUAGUACACCAACCUGUCCAUCAACUCAGCUGAGCUCCUUUGAAAGCAAAUGGUUUUAUUAAUUUCCUCAAUUAUAUUUAUUCACACUAUUACAAUUGAUAUCAUAUUAGGAAUCAAAGAGAAAGUUUUGCCCUGUGUGGUGUUAACAAACAAAUGAACUACGUACCUAAAACUGUUUUUUCUUCUGAAUUUGGGAUCCAAACGUUGGGCUCAAUAGGGAGUCUUUGACUUGUACAACUGGCCUCCAGUGGACACUGUAGGAACUGCAGUUUUCAGCACUUUUAAACUGUCUUUUUUUGAAGAUCAGAAGUUUCUGCUUGUUUCAUUUUGUUUUUAGAAACAGAUCAAGAGAGUUUGUAAAAGCGUCCCCCGAAACCUGAAAUCUCUAGUGCCUAUGAGUCAGAAUCUGAGUUUUUAGAUUGUGAAGAACUUUGACGAUCCAACAUCCACACGUUGGAGGGGAAACAACCCUUUACAUGGGCAGAUCAUAACGGUGAAUAGGGGUGGUCUGAUUAUAAGCUUUACUUACGUAUCAAUGGUUGUUCUUUUAUUGCAUUUCACAUGAGAGUGAGAGUUUUUGAGGACAUAUUAUCCACCAGAGUUUCAGGAGAUGGUUUGGAGAACAAGGACUUUUUUUCAUUUAUGCAAAACCCUCAGACUGAGGUUUUUGUGUGUGUGUGUGUGUGUGUGUGUGUAUGUGUGUGUGUGUGUGUGUGUGUUAGUUGGGGUUUAGAGAGGAAACAACACAAUGAAGAGGCUACAGACGUAACAGGAAAACAAUUUCUGCAUUAAAAUACCAAAACCCUGAGAUUUCACAACGUUGUGUUUUUCCACCCACAGGCCUGCUUCCUUCAUUGAAUCCUCUGAAACCUUGUCGAUCCUGCAGCAUUCCCAGCAUGCAAAGCUCCACUAAGGCACUGAAAAACUACACUCAUCUCCCUCUGCUCCCAGGGCAUCAAAGCAGCUGCUCUGCUGAGCCAGAACUAGACACCGUGCUGUUCUGA